GCUCCUCCUCCGGGCCAAGCCCGGCCCCUUGCCAGCCCAGACCCAGCGAGAAGACACCCCCAGCUGCGAGGGGCUGGCUGAGGAGGGCAUGGGGCGAGCCAGGUGGAGGCGAGGCAAGCGCGGCGGCCUCGCUGGCAGGGGGAGCACGGAGAGGGGGCUCCGCUCGGCCGCUCCCGUCACACCAGCGCCGGCCGCCAAAUGUAGCCUCGAGGAGGAGCAGGAGGAGGACACUUAAAGGCGGGCGGGGGGAAGGCCUCGGGAGCCUCAUGCUUCGCGGGCAGAGCGGCGGCGGGAGACUCGGGCUCCUCUCUCCGACCUCGGCGGAAGGGAAGAAGACCUAGGAGCGGGUCCCUUCCUCAGCCCGCUAUCGCCAAGCGGGGCGCCUCCUCCCUCUCCACAUUCCCGCCUCCAUGCGCUCUAGUCGCCGCCGCGGGUGAGGAGGGAAGCCGAGGGGCGCCGCCUUCUCCCCUUCCCCGCCCCUCGUGGGGGUGGGGUGGGGGAAAAGAAGAAAAGGGCCAUGGUUGUGGGGCUGGCCCUGGCGGUCCCCGCCUGAAGGGAGGGUCGCCGAGGCUCCUCCCGCGCGGCUAGAAGUGCCUCCCCGGCGCACACGCCGCGCCAGCAGGAGAUGGAUGGGGCUGAGCUGGAUGGCGGCAGCAGCGCAGAAGUGCCUCCUCCUCCUCCUCCGCAAGGCUGCUGCCAGGCGGAUGCUGGGGCUCCCGGGGAGCCGGCCGGCGACCAAGCAGCCGCAGCAGCAAGUGCACAGCCGCCGCCGCCACCACCACCGCCAGCAGCAGCCAUGGUGGAAGAGCCCGCCGGGGAGGGCUCCGCCGCUGCCCCCGCUGCCUCGGCCGGCAGCGCCCUCGCCCCCCGCGCAGCAGCAGCCGCCCCUCCGGAGCUGAAGAAGCAGCAGCAGCAAGGGGUCAAGCGGCACCACCACAAGCACAACCUGAAGCAUCGCUACGAGCUGCAGGAGACGCUGGGCAAAGGCACCUACGGCAAAGUCAAGAGGGCCAUCGAGAGGUUUUCCGGCAGAGUGGUAAGGGCUGCGGAAGGCGGAGGCUGCUGGAGAUGCUCCGGAUGGAGAGAUGUCAUGGGGGCGGCGGCGGCGGGGGGGGGGGCUGCUGCUGUGCAUUGCACUCAUUCCUGAGCUUUUCCCUUCAUGGCGUGUCCGGCCUCACAACUUGGGACCUGGAUCGCCCCCCCCUUCAACUUUUUCUAACUUUUGCUUUCAAGAGCUCCCACUGUGUGUGUGUGUGUGUGUGUGUGUGUGUGUGUGUGUGUCUUGAUGUAGAUCUCCCCGCCACGCCGUUAUGCUAUUCAAGAGUUAUUCGGGGUGUGUUUGUGAAGUCUGAUUUCUCCCAAAGUAUUUGCACCUAGAACUGUAUCCUCUCUUAAAUCAUAACUGUCAGGUGCAGAUCAUUUAGGAAAUUUUUAGUAUUGUUUGUAAAUGGGCACUCCCCUCCCCUCCAAAUUGAUCAGUCCUUUUACUGUUCUUUCAAAGUGUGGGCAUACAAAGUUCCCUGGAAUGUAUUGUGUUUUCUAGUAAGCUAAACAGAAAAUGCUAUUCAGCUUAGAGUUCCUUUAAACCAAAACACUUCAUUGCUGGUUUUUAUGACCUGAACUUUACUGACCUCUUUAAACAAACACAUUGAUGCUGCUCCUCUACCUCAGUGAGCUUAGAGUCCACUUGGCUCAUCUGUGUCUGCCGGCUAACAGUUUAAACACAGCUGUCCCGAUGUGGCAUUGUACUGUAACUCCAGCCCAACUUUUUUGUUCUUCUGUCACAGGAGAUCUCAUGGGCAGAUGGGAAAUGCUUGUGCAAUAAGCUAGAAGCAUUGCUAUUUUCUGCAUUGCCAUUUAAUAUCUAUUAGUGGACCUAUGUUCCAGCUCAUGUGGGUUGGUUCUGUAUUUGAGUCAGCUAUGCCUAUACAGAUAUUUUUCUGAAGCAUUCCAGGCAGACUGCAGCUUUUCAGCAGUGUCAUUUGUGAAUGAAAAAAAAGUUCUAAUACAGUAUGAAAAUUAUAUUUAAAUGAUUUUAUACGCAGAUAAGCUUGUGUUAUGUAUUCUUCUUCCAUUUUGUUAAACUGUUAAGAGGACAGCUAAACAAAGCAGAGAUGAAUGCAAAUGCUGACUUUAAAUGCAUGAUAUUUUAAAGCACUGGUUAAGUGCUUUAAAGCAUCUAGGUUAAGUUAUAGAUUUUUUAACAUCAUUUUAACAUUUUUUACAUUAUCCAUCUAAAUUUAUUAUUUUUAAAAGAAUGCUUUUGAUUCUUUUUAAAUUUGCUUUGAAACAGAUGUAACUUUGUAGCUUCAUUGGAAACCAGCAUUGCCAUUUAUAAUCUCUAUUUAUUUUAAGAUUAAAAUGCUAGGUUUAAUUUGUUUGUUCCAACAAACUGACUAGCUCAGGAUAGUGUUUACUUGUAUUAAAUAUGGCAAAGUGCUUUUGGCAAAGUGCUUUUGUUUUCUCACCUCUAAAAGCACAUACAUAUUUCUGUAGGGUCUACUACUGCAAGGAAUUAUAACUGGUUGCUAUGACUCCAUGCCAGAUGUACAUUGACUUCUUGAAUAGUUUUUCCUUUUCUCCAAGCUCUUAAAAUGCAGAACUUCAGUUUUUCACUUUAUACGUUAGGGGAGAAUGUUGUGGAAAAGGUCUGGGCCAGCAGAGGCACAGGAGUUCAUUUAGCUUUUCCUUUGCUUUCUUUGCUCUGUUUCUGUUCUCCUUAGUCAUCAGCAUUUAUGGCAUCAUUAAAAAGCUCUGAAUAGACUCUGUACUGUGACCAGCAGAGGGGGUUCUUGAAGCAAAGUGACUGGCAUAUUUCCUAUCAUGACUUCACAGCAAAUUGUCAAAUAAAGAGGAGCUAAGUAUUAGAAAUCCCAGGUCACACUCCCACCUAUGUCAUUUGCUUGCUGUCAGAUUACUGGGUUAGGUAACCUUUUCCUACACAGCAGCAUGUAAAUAUUUGGAACCAUAUGGCAACAGCUUGCAGCCUAGAAACAACUCUAGUACUCUGCCCUCUCAAAGUUAUAUAUAUACCUUCCUUGAGUAUAUAUUUUAACCAAGUGAAAUUUAGGUAUAGCGCAUACUAUUAGGUGUUCUUGACUGAUUAGUCAGAUAUUGACAUAUAAAAUGUGAGGCAUUGAAUUUUCUUUGGCUUCUGGGGCAGAUAUUGUGAAAUUUUCAGGGUUGACAGAUGGAUUGUGAUCUGAACCUGAUAUGAAUCUGAAGGAUUUCCACCAGUGUCCAUGAAGCUAUGCUAAUAUGAAGCCUACAUAAUGACAUAUUCUCCAUUAUAUUUUCAUAGUGCAGGGCUUUAAAUUGCAUUGUCUUACAAAGAAGUGUUUUUCAAUCUAGCAUUAUAACUUGCAUGCACUAGAAGCUUCUAUUUUCCCCCUCCUCAAUAUAUACACUUAUCAGGCUUGGGAAAAUCCCAGAUGCCACAAUGUACAACUUAAAAAAAUAAAUAUUAGUAGUAUCUAGGAGUUUGAAAUAUUUUUUCAACUCUGUAAAGGGCUAUUGCCAAAAAAUGAUUUUUUAAAGAAACCUGAAGUACUUUUCCGGCCUUAGCUUAUUAGAUGGAAUAUAGAUUAGUUAUAUUUAGUUUGUUGUUGGCAACAACUUGUUAUUUAAACAUGUUUACUCAAUAAUGCAACAGCUAGAGACUGGGCUGUGUAAUGCAUGAAAUAUAAGAGCACAACCACCCUGUACAAGGGCAGCCAACUUUCCAAACAUUUGUUGGGAGAUGUUACAUGCAAAUGGCUGUAAGUACUAGGAUAAAGAGAUGACAGAAGAAGUUUGCAAAGUAGAGUGUAUUUUGAAAGUUUUGUGGGAGUUCCAUCUAGUUGCUCAGAUGUAGUCAAACAAAACUUUUUUUAAUACUGCAGUCUGACUUGAAUAAGAUAUAAGCAAAAUUAAGCAAACAUAUUCAAUGUGAAGCAUAUGAGAGAUACACAAAGAAAGGAAGAGUUGGAAUGGUGCUUGUGGGGAACCUCUAUGACACUGUUGCACCUUAUUGCCUGUAGAAACAGACAGAUGUACAUGCUUGGUCAUCACAAUCAAAAAGGGGUGUGGGCUGAUGAAGGUGCUGUAAUCACAACAAAGUUACAUAGUAGGAACAAAGCAUAGUCUAUACAGUCAUACCUCUUUUUACUUUCGGUUCAGGUUACAUCUUUUCAGGUUGCGUCCCGCGGCGACCCAGAAGUAACGGAACAGGUUACUUCCGGGUUUCGCCGCUUGUGCAUGCGCAGACGCUCAGAAUGAUGUCACGCGCAUGCGCAGAAGCAGCAAAUCAUGACCCGUGCAGACGCGGGUUGCGUUCUGCUCAUGAUGCGAACGGGGCUCCGGAACGGAUCCCAUUCGCAACCAGAGGUACCACUGUACUGUAUAUUGGUUUUGGAAGUAGAUGCAGCAUUCCAGUUACAAAGGAACAGCAUAUUGAUCAUAUAUAAUGUUUCAUGUGUGUCCUGAGUUACUCCAUGAUCUAACUCUCCUUUUCUCACACAGUCACGUUCACGGUCUCUCAUGUAUCUCAGGUCUUCAUCAACUUACAGUGCAAUCCUAUGCAAGUUUACUCAGAAGUAAGCAUAAUUUAGUCCAAUGAGACUUAUUCCUAGGUAAGCAUAUAAAGGGUUACAGCCUAAUUAAUGUGUUGUGGUUUUUUUUACCAGGUUAGUGGGAGCUUUUCUUACUUGUCUGGUCUGUUCUGAUAGCCAGCACUGAAAUAUAUUUAUAUUUCAUACGUGGUGAGACAGAGUUGGAUGAUUCCAAAGUCACCAUAAAAAGUGUGUCCCCAAUUAUAAAUUUUAUUAAAACCAAUGAUGGCUGCCCACUGGGGCUGUAGGGUGAGGGCCAGGGCAGCUAGCAGCAGGUGGUGUCAAGCAGCAGAAGAAGCAACAUCAGGUUGCCAGGAAUGGGUAAGACAAGGAAAGUUCUUAGCAUCUGCUUUUUAUUCAAUAUUUACAGAGAGAGGCUUGGAAUGCAGCUUCUUGGAAUAAUGGCCUUGUUUCGUGUGACUCUCCACCCCCUUUUUAUCCCACUUCCUCAUUUGUCAUCAUCUCCUCUACGGGUGGCACUGAGGGCCCUUUGCUUCUGAGCCCUUUGCUCUCCUACUUUCAAGGCUCACCAGGUUCUGGGAGGGAGGGUCUGAAAUGCUUUCUAAAGACACUGUGUCUGUCAGCUGUUGCCCUCCUGCUGCUUCCUCUCCCUCCUCCUCUCCCAUUAUUUCCCAGCUUUCCCCCUCAUCUGCCUCUGAGCUGUGACCUCCCUCAAACCCCUGUUGUAAUUCUGAACUGUCUUCUUCUUCUCUGGAAGGAUCAGGCUGGGGAGGCAGUCUCCACCAUUACUCCUCUGCCCAGUCCCUGACAGGCAGAGGUUGUGAUAGGUGAAAAGAUUGCAUUAGGCAGAAGUUUUAAAUUGUGGUGGGGAGAAAAAGUAAGGCAAGGGACUGGACAGAAAAAGUGAGGGUAACAGGCGGAGAGAGCUUUUCUCCACUGUGUUGCAAGAAAGGAAGUAGUGGACAACAUGGUGGGUUGCUGCUGUUUACUGGGAAGGAGAGGGGUACGAGCAAGGUAGCAGGAUGGUUGGCACAGCGCAGAUGUAAAGAUGGAGCCAAUCUGGCACUCCUGCUAGUAUGUUUGCGCUGAGUCAACCUUCCCACGACCUUCCCCUUUCCUUCCUGGUAAGUGGAAUGACUCAUCUGUUGGGAGGUUAGGUGAAUGCUGCCACCCCACUCCACUAUCCCCUACUGACAGAAGCCAGCAGUCUUGUCAUGGUUCUCUGCACCUGCUUUCGCCCAGUCUCCAAAGUGGUGUGGUGGCUGAUCGAUCCCCUCUCUGUCGGACCAGAACUGCAGCAACAAUAAUAUGAAAGCAUCCUGAACAAAUUUUGAUUGGUCAAUGGACACCAAUCAAGAGUAACAUUAGAAGGAAUAUUUUGAAGUGUUUACAACAGAUUGAUUGUGGGUUUACGUUUGGAAGGAACCACUUUAUGCAAAUUGCAGGAAAUAACUCUGUCCUGAUUGGUUAGGUGUUUCUGUUCUCAAGGAAAGAAGGUUACUUAGAGGAUUGGUGGGCCUUGUCGUCCUGCCCGAAUGCUAAUUUUUAUGGGAAAUUGCUUGAAAUAAGGUCACAGCAGUGCAGACACCAUGAUGGGCAGAGAGUGAGUGAUUAUAAGAGAAGGAGAGAGAGUGCAAGCUCUGGAGUUAAGGGGAGACUGGUGGCUUUUGGUGGGUUGUUGCCCUUUUUGGCCACCUAAUUAAAACAAUACUUUGCACAGGUUGGAAUAUGGGAUGGGCAGUAGCAGGUUUCAAGGGAACUGAAACCCAAAGCUUUGGAAGGCUUGGUUGAGGAUGAGGGAUGUAUGUGUCUGAGUAUCUGUGGGUGGGUAGUGGAUCUAAGAAUAUAGAUAUCUGAAGUAUUUGUGGCUGAGUGUAGUAUGUGUACAGGAAAGGUGAGACUGGUGAGUUUGUGGAUAGUGGGUGCCAGAUGCGGUCAGAUAUGUAAGUUUUGGUCUUUGAAUUGUGGCUUUUAGGGUGAGGAACUCUGGCUAAUAUUUGGCUGCCUGAAGUACAAUUCACAGUGGAAUUUAGUUCAUUGUUUGCCAAGUUGCUUUCAACCAAAAGCAUAAUUGCAUUGUAAUGUGUUAUUACUAACAGCUUCAAAACAUCAUUUGAGAAAAAUCAUAAUAGAGGGAGUAUGUAACAUUAAAGCAUUGUGUGUUGAGCCAUGUGUGUGGGUUUUUUGUAUCAUUAAAUUCAAGAUUAGGAUAUUAUGUAUGACAUAUGGAGGAAAUUAUAUCUGAAAGCAUAUAUAAAAUUAUGUUUUGGUAUCAUACAUGUUGGAUAAAGCUGUUUGGAACAAACAGUUCCUGCUAAAGAUUGUUUAGUGUUCAUAGAAUUCUUCUCACAGAUUCCUUGUAAUUAUCCAUUAUAUAUACCAAAUGCUGCCUUUAACCAUCUUUUUUUAACAGAUGUCGACAUUUUGUGUGUCCAUUUGGCAGGACAUUUUUUUAAAAAACAACAACAACAGCCCUGUCCUAUUGCUAGAUACUUGAGUUACGGUGGAAAGAACUACAAAGUGAAAUAAAUGCAUCUGUGCAGCACUGGGUGACCAAUUUAUUUAAGCCUCAAAUGUACCCAGGUUUUCAUUUGUGUUCUCUUGCUGUUGUUUUCUGAACUCUGCUUUUUCAGUCAGGCAUAGGAUUCUCAUUUGUCUUGCCCACAUGAAAGCCCAGAGCAUCUGUAAGUUAUAGUUUGUGAAAUAUCUGCUUUUAAGCAGCACAUAUUUAUCACCAUGUCUGCACAGACAACACUGUACAUUGUAUAAAUUAGGAGAGCCUAGACACUGAACACUAGGGGGCUGGGUGAGAUAUGCCAUGGGAGUAUAGUGGCUGCCCAUGCUGAUCAGAUAUCUUGGAUCCAUACCAAAACUUCCAGAUGUUUAAUACAUAUAAAGACCCUGCAGUAACCUUUCGUUACAGUCUAAAGUGGGAGAAAAUACCUCCAUGUGGCUAGUUAAGUAUGAAGCUAUUUGAUGUUCAAAUUGUAGUAAAGUACAUAAAGAAACCAGCAUGUGUACCAAUGAACCUCUUCUACAUUUGUUAAUGUUAUUUAAUAUUGGUGAUAUCUCAGCUGUCUGAGGAUGAGCACAUACAUGGGCUUUGAUGUCUGGCUUUUAAAUUUUUCACUGGUCCAGGAUUGAGUACAAGCCCUAAAUAUGAUACAAUUCAGGUCUUGUUCUAAUACUUUUGGAGGAUAAGAAUAAAAUAUGGUUUUUAUUGGUUACUUUUUAUUUGAAAAAAGGAGCUAUGGGAUAAGUUCUUGGUGGGAUCGGAAUGUCACAAGAUUGGGCUAGAAAGCCAUCUGAAGAUGGAAUCAGUUUGCAGAAAAUAGGCAAUUUCUUCCAUAAUUUCACAGCUGUAGAUAUGAUCAAAAUAUUUUUGUGCAGAGCUAAUUUACUGUCACUAGCUGGAUUAAUUUUUCAACACAAUUUUAUAUUUUCCAAAGGUAUAUAUCCCUCCUCUAGCUUUAGGUAACUCAUGGAGCAAUUCUAUACGUGUCUACUCAAAAAGCUCCAUUGAGUUCAAUGAGACUUAGUCCCACUCGAGUUCAUAGGAUAUUGCAACUUCAUAGGCAUUCCUUAAAUGCGAGUGCUGCUUAGGAAAUAGGGGACCCAUAUUUGGAGGGCAAAUCUGAAUAGCUCAAAAUCCAGCCCUGGAGAUCUAGAAUCAGAGAGUGCUGUGCAGUUUCUGCAUUUCAAAGCUUAAUAUCUAUAGUUUGGCAAUUGUAUGCAAAUGACAUUUGAAUUUCUCUUAGAACGGGCACUUCUUGCAUUUCCAUAAUUCUUGGAAAGCAGAAAUAUCUCAUAAUCACUUUAACAAUUCUGUGUUUAACUGUUCAGAGCAGAAAAUAUUUGUCAAAAGAAAAAGUGACCAGGGGAAGAACAUUGUAGAAAUCUGUGUACAGUUGAAUGCUACUUCAUAGUUCAGUCAUAAAAUACGUCUGAAAACACAAUAUUGCUGCCUGACCACAAAAAUAUUUUAAGAUACUUGUAAGGGAAGACAUUUGGACCUAUACCAGUAUGCUGAAAAUAUUUGAUAGCUCUUUUAUGAUAACAAAAGCUAGCUAGGAAACUUUGGUGUGGCUUUUCUCUGAAACUUGGCAAAAGUUGCUAUUUUAUAUUUUAUUGAGUUUGUAUUUUGAUGAUGACUGUUUUAAGUUACUUGUUUUUCAUAGCCAUCCCUUGGUCUUGUGAAGAAGGAUGAUAUAUAAGUCUCAUAAAAUAAUUUAGUAUUAAUUUAAAAAAUGGAAGUGAACAUUUCCAAACUCUUCCUUUGGGGCAGCACUGGAAAGGAAGUGCUGGAAUACACAAGCCCAAUAUUAGGCUAUGGUUCCUUUUGCAGUAAACCAUGGUUUAGCCAUGAUAGCUGAACUAGCUUAGUAAUCUCUUUCAAGUUUUUGAGGGGAAGAUGUUAUAAUUAAGGACUUGAAUUUCUUCACAUAGGUCUUCCAUCUACAGUGAAAUAUAUAUAGAAUUAAAAUAAACAUGGGACUGGUGUCAGACAUGGUUCAGGGAGCAGAGUUAAAAUUAAACUCAUCCAUGAGUUCACUGGAAUGAAUAAACCUUAAAUUUCAGUAACCCAGCUGUAAAAUAAGAGUAGUAAUUUACCUCACAGUUAUUGUGAGGAUUAAUGAGAUUAACACUAACAAUUCCUUAUGUAUUUUAUAAAUUUCCUUCCUCCAGCUUUCCUCUGGUGAAAAUAAAAAUGUGCCACCAUAGAUAUUAUGAAUUUAUCUGUCUUGGAUAUCCUCAGGAGAGAAAACAGGAAAUUACUUUUUUGGUGGUGCAGUAAGUAAAAUUCUGAUAUUAGUUGCAUGGAUCCCACUGCUUUAGAAUUGGGCCCGUUGUUUGAAUGGAAAGUAUUUCUUAAAACAGAAAAAAACACACUUAAUGACACACUUGAAAGCAGUCUGUGUUAUUGUCUGUUGAACAAAGCUUGUGCUUUAUGAACUGGCUGAUCAUAAAGGCAGCAUAAAUCAUGUAAAACAUUCUCAUUUGCUCUUUGUGCUUUUUGCAGAUGGGGCUCAUAGAGCAGAAAUGCAGUCAGAUGUCUGCUCCAGGAUAUUUUAGCUGAACUGUAUGAGUCCAUUAAACAAAUGUAAUGGCUUUUUGGAAAGACUUGCUAUGCAUUUGAAACCAAAUGUUUUACACAGAAAACAUCUGGGAAGUAUGGGUGUUUGUGUGUGUGUGUGUGUGUGUGUGUGUGUGUGUGUGUAUACAGCACAUUGGAAAAUAGCUUUAUUGAGCCCAGCUGGGUGGUUGCUCGGGAUGUGGUUGUAGGAUAUGACAGUCUAGUUGUUAUAAGGAAUAAUUUAUUUGAAGUAUUGCCAUCAAAUGAAUAUUUGGCACAGAAGUGAGCAUCUUUGUUUCAUUGAGCACACAAAUUCUUCUCAUUACCAUUCCAACAAAACCUGCCAUGACAUUUUAUAUCCUGUUAUAUAAGCUAAUUCAGAUAAUGGCAUGCUUUUAAACGGGUGUGUACAUUAGAGAAGACACUGUAGAAAUAAAACAGUUAUUAAUCCCUCCUACCCAAAACCCCAAGGUGAUAAGAUUAUAUUGGAAAUGGUCUAUAUUUUAUUUUUUUUGCCUUAAUCCCAUGUGCUUGUUAGAGGAAUGUAAAAGUUAAUGCAUGAAAAUAUAUGUUUUUACCAGGUUCUGUUAGUUCCUUAGUAUAGUGUGUUAUAAUUCCAUUACACAUAGCGGAUUUGGUUUCAUUUUAGUUGAGCCAGGGGCUUGCUAUUUCUAGGAAACAGCUGAUAAUACAUGUGGAAAAAAAUGUCCAAACUAUUCUCUUGUUAGGAUGCUGAUUUUAGCAUUAAAUUGCUUUUGCAGUUUAGGCUGAAUCUCCAAUUAGAGGAAAAUCUGUUUAAAGUUCCGAACAACAGUGCGGCCACAUCUUCAGGAUAAUUUAAAUAAAAAACAAAGGAGUGAAAGAGGCUAGCUUAGGCAGACUCCGGUUCAUUCUCAUGCAGUGAACAGUUCACAUUGCACAACCCUGCUUUUAAAUAGUUCUACACAGUAUGACAUGAUUUGUGGUAUUUGCUGAAAUGAAAUUCUGGCUGGAGUAGCCGGAGCAGGGAAUUGUUCUGCGCUCAGGGGAAGGUGGUACAUCCAAGUCUGUGUUAAGGUCAUUGGCAGGGUGAAGUGGGAAGCCUGAGUUGCUGCUGUUGUUCUGCCUAACUUUUUUUGUGGGGGGCGGGGGGGAUUGGCAAAGAGAUUUUAAGACUUAGAAUAUUGAGUCUCCUUCUCCAGUUGUGCUUGACCUUGGUAUAUAUUGCAAAAGGUAGGUGUGGGUUGCCCCUGUACCCUUCCUGUCAUACAUUCCUUCUGGUACAGUGGUACCUCAGGUUAAGUACUUAAUUCGUUCCAGAGGUCCGUACUUAAGCUGAAAGCACCACUUUAGCUAAUGGGGCCUCCUGCUGCCACCGCGCUGCUGGAACACGAUUUCUGUUCUUAUCCUGAAGCAAAGUUCUUAACCUGAAGCACUAUUUCUGGGUUAGUGGAGUCUGUAACCUGAAGUGUAUGUAACCUGAAGCAUAUGUAACCCGAGGUACCACUGUAUUUUCAAGGUGGCCCUCGUAAUGUUCUUUUGAUUUCUUCUUUAACAAAACGAUAGAUGAUCCAGACAUAUGAAUGUUUCUUAGAAAGUAAUCUUUUAAAACUAAAAACAGUAGAAAUCCACAGUGUGCAGAUACAGCUUCCCUGAUGUGGCCUGGUCUACACAGUAGAACAAGAUGGUACAAUACUGACAUGGUAGGUCUGGGGUGGGGACCCUGUGGCCCCCUAGAUGUUGCUGGCUAUAGCUCCCUUGACUACACCUCAUCGUCCUUGACCGUUGGUCAUUGGCUGGGGCUAAUGAGAGUUGGGAUCCAUAACAACUUCUGGAGAACCACAGGGUUCCCUACCCCUGUGGUACAGCUUACCACUUCAGACUGCAGGUCAGAGGAAGGGGGAAGAUACCAUUUUAUUCAUUCAUUUUUCUAUGUGAAAUAUUUUAAUCCAUCAUUUCCAGACAGUUAAUGAGAAUUAAAACAUGCAAAACAAGAGUAAAUAAUAGGCACAAAAGAGCAGCAGAUAAAAGCCAAAUGAUAGUCAGAAAUUUUAAAAGUGUUACUGCUUUUAAAAGUUUGGGUAAGUUAGAAAGGUUCUUUCCUGGCAUGUAAAAGACAGAAAGGUUGGUGUUAAGCAUUCUUCCCUUGAAAGGACAUUCCAUAAUGCUAUUACUAAAAAAGCCACAUUUCCACCUCAUUUUUUCUGAAUAUAUAGGCCAGUCUGAGUUAUCAGUAUAUCCUACAGAGUUACUUCUUUACUUAUUCUUUCUUUUUUCAUUACGUUCAUUGUUAUAUGGUGGGUGAAAAGUCAGAGUAUAUAAUUGCCCAGGAAAUUAUGUUUUGACUUUUGCAGGAAGGUGUGCUGCAACUGUGCAAAACAAAACUGUUCCAGAGACUUUUGAAUUAUUUCACUUUUCUUUUCUCUGAUUUGCCAAGAUUUUAAUUUUUGUGUUAAUUUUUGUGAAAUUUAGAAAGCAUUUCUUUUUUAAAAAAGAAUAAAAAUGUCUGAUGUAUUAGGAAGCUGAUCAUUAACAAUUAUUGUGUAACUAGAAAUGUAUUUAAAUAAUGAAAAGAGGCAUAAAGAACAGGGUGGGCAUGAUCAAUCUCCCAGCCCUACCCAGGUUAUAAAACAUGUCAGCCAUUGCUUUUACUUUCUUAAGAACUUAUUUGGAUGGAAAGAACCUACACUUUGUGGAAUCCUAGUUUGAUGUUGCAUUUAGCCCCAGCGAGUGUGGAAGCCAAACAUAAACAUCUGUUUGGCAAUUUUGCAGGAAGUUAAAUAUAACUAAAGCUUUUGUCCUUUCAGCAGAUCUUGCACUCAGUAUUGGUCAACAUUUGCUGAAGUCAGAAUUACAUCUUUAUAGUUAAAGUUGUGAAACAGUUUUCAGUUCCAUUCCAGUUUUGAACUCCACCUCCUUUUGAAAGGAAUUGUAUUCAUUCAAAUGUGAAUUUGCUUUGAAAGAUGUAAUUUGUCGGAAAGGUUUUUAAUCUAUUCAUAGUUCCUCCGAACCUCUACUUUGUCUGCUUCAGGUGACUUCUUCCCUUCUUCCCAGGAUCACACAUGGUAGUUCAAUUUUUGGAUGUUCUGACAGAGAUGUCUUGUAACAGCCAAAGAGAAGACUCUGCAUAAACUAUUAGAUAUUUUCAAAUUAUUACAAUGUCUUCUAACCCUUUCCUGUUGGCUACAGGCUUAGGAAAUAUACCAGCAGUUUCCAGCAUACUUAUAUUGAAUUUGUGCUCCUACCAGCUUGGCACUAAGCAAAGUACAUAGAAUUUCAGCAGCCCUGCAUGCCCCCCCCCCCCUUAUCACUAAUAGCUACUAGAAGAGAGAAGGAGCUCUGGAUUCUAUCAGUGUGACCUUCUACCAUUUAUAUAAAUAAUAAGGUUGGCAGGGACCAAUAAAAUCAUGUCCAACCCCUUAAAACAGGAUUACCCUUCCUGCAUAUCAGUCCACACUGCAACAGACAGUUGCAUUAUAGUGUCAAGCUUGUAUAACAGUUUACUCAAGCAAGGAAAUAAAACCGUCACAUGGUGCAGAUUAAAAGCAAACUAUGGCCAAUAGCUAAUGAAACCUGGGGAAGGUGACAGCCUGAUGCAAAGCAUGAACAAAACCCAUCAACUAAGUAUGGUGUGUGUAUACAUUCUAGGAAGCCUGCAUUUGUUCAGUGUGGAUGGAGACGGAGAUGCAACUGGAAGGUCCAAAUGCAUCAUGUUGAUAAAAUUGGUCUGGAUCACACAUAAUGCUAAGCCACCAUUAAGCGGCCUAUAGCUUACUAGGAUCAAGCAAAUGUGCUAGUGCAUGCUGCUCAAAUCACACCUCUACCUCCUCCCUUUUGCCACAUCAGGAGGGGCAGCGUACAGCAGAUGUAAAACUUACCGUAUUUUUCGCCCCAUAGGACGCACCUAGUUUUUUGGGGGGGAAAUCAAGGAAAAAUUUUUUAUUUCCCCCCCAGGUUUUCACAGCCAUCCCCAAGCUAGAAGAGGGAGACGGAGCGCUCCGUCUCCCUCUUCUGCCUUCAGGGACAGCCUCCCUAGCCUCUGUGGGGCAGCGCACUCCGCUGCCCUGCAGAGGCUUUGCGCAGCCAUCCCCAAGCUUGCUUCUCCCCCCCGCCAGCCUCCAGACCAGGUCCGGGAAUAGUGGGGUGGCGGCGCUCCGCCUCCCCGCUAUCCCGUGAGCUUGUGGGGCUGGCAGGGGGGAGAAGCAAGCUUGCUUCUCCCCCCCGCCAGCCUCCAGAUCAGGUCGGGGAAUAACGGGGUGGCGGCGCUCCGCCUCCCCGCUAUCCCGUGAGCUUGUGGGGCUGGCGGGGGGGGGGAGAAGCAAGCCUUGCGAGCCUGCGGGACCUCCCGCCGGGCUUGCAAGACUUGCGGAUAGCUUCCUGAAGCCUGGAGAGCGAGAGGGGUCGGUGCGCACCGACCCCUCUCACUCUCCAGGCUUCAGGGAAAGCCUGCAUUCGCCCCAUAGGACGCACACACAUUUCCCCUUCAUUUUUGGAGGGGAAAAAGUUCGUCCUAUAGGGUGAAAAAUAUGGUAAUAUAGAAAAAUAAGCCAAUAAAUAAAACAAAAUGAAACAAGGCUGUGCACAAUACACUUGAAAAUACUAUAAAAACUCCAGCACCGUAUACAAUAAAAGAUUCAAUUAAAAGCUAGAGAAAAGAGGAGAGCAUUCAAACAUUUCUUCAAAACCUGAACUAAUGCAGCCAACCACAUAAUGGGGUAUUGGUUUUUUUUGGGGGGGGGGUGCUGGUGGUGGGGAAUUUCAUAAAGCAGGAGCCCAUCCCUGAGAGGUCCCAAACUCUAUUGCCUAUCAGCUUUAACUGUUAAUAGAUAUUGAGUGUGCAUGCUUACUUUGCAAACUUAAAAUACGUUGGUAGACCAUGGGGCCUUACUUAAAAAAAUCAGCAACACAGAUCAUGCAAGACUGAAGCACACCUGUUUAUGUUCCAAACAUUAUUUUUGCAGAGCUGGAUAUUACAAGGGAAACGUGGGGUUCCUAAACCUGUGCUAACCCUCCCAGUGCUAAGGUGGAGGCUGGGAGAAUUGACUGGUGUGAGAGGCUGCUUAUUCUUUACCCUUAACUGUCCCCUGAAAUUUUUCCUUUCUUUGUUGAUGAGUUAAGCACCUCUCCCACCCAUCUACUGACCUCCUGCCAGAACGGAAGUGUUAGUAGAAUUCAUUCCCACAAGAUGUAAUGAUGGCCACUGUCCAGAUUCCCACCCCAAAACGCACAAGCAGAUUCUCUUAUUUGUAAGUAAAAAAGAGAACCUUACUGAGGCAGGCAACAGUACAGACUCGGCAGCAGACAAAGUGUUCAGGAAUCAGCGUUCAGGAGCAGGGCAUGUUCGGAACAGGGCAGAAGCAACAAAGAUGUUCCAACAUGUUACCCUGUCCCUCCCACCAAGACUUUAAAGAUGACGUGUGUACUCGUUUGCCUUCUGGGAAUGUUGAGAUUGCAAACAUGCACACUCCAUCAGGGCAGAUGGGCCUGCUUCCAUCUGCAAAGGGGUCACCUGGUUCUAGGUGACAAGCCUGCACCCCCCCUGUUCUGACAACUCUUCAGUUACUACCACUUUCUUUCCCUCAAACAAACCUGAGAUUAUUUCUUUGAAAUAAUGCUAAUUUGAGAGCUGUACUGACUUGUGCCUUUGAUUUAUCUAAAGCACAGAUGUAAUACAGGAAGAAAUGGCAGUGUUUCUCAUACAGCACAAUAAAUAUGACUCCAGAUUGAGCUCACCUGGAGGAGCACCACUAAUAAUGUCAACUCAAAUACCUUCUCUUUCAAGCCAUACGGCUGGCAAUACACAGAAAACACUUUGGCCAUUCCCAUCUUUAAAGAACUGGAUACUUUACUUAAAUAAGCAAUAAAGACAGUUGUUUCUUAGGAGUUGUUUAGGCAGAGCUUGGCUUUCUGGGAUUACUUGCAAUUAAUAUUUUUUAUUAGUUAAACCUUUCCCUAGAGGGUGUGUUCUGAAAAAAAAAAGCCCUGUCUGCAAAAUAUGGCAAGUACCAAACAAUGAGGGGAUGUAAUUCUGGCAGCAGGGCAAUGCUUAGGAAGUACGUACUCAAAUCCUGUUACCACCUAAGGGUGAGGGCAGAGGGUAGGAAGGGAGUUACAAAUGUACCUCCCAUCCUUUGGGAGCGCAGCAUAAAUCCUCUGUUCCGAGUGCCUGGUUCAGUUACACAGAAUAGCUUUUGAAUCUGUGUAUAACAGGGAGGAAAAUCUCCCUCUUAUUCACUCACUAAUUCCUCUUCUGUUGCUGAGUCACCACUGUUGAUAGGAUAAUGUUACUUACAGCCAGAGAAACUGGCAGUGCAAAAGUGAAAUGCAUACACUUAGAAGCAUCUUAGUUCUCGGCACAAGCUCAGAGUGUAUCAGUUAAUGCAAAUAAAACUUUGAUUUGACAUUUAUCAUCCGCAUUCAGGCCUUUUGGUGUCUGAGAAGGCAGCUUGCUUGCUUUCCUUUGCAAGCAGUGUCACAGUAGCAGUAAAUUAGCUUUCGUUUUAGGAAAUGAUAUUUUUAAAACGGUGUAUUGGGAAACUAAACUGUGGAGCAGAUUCUUGUAGUUGUGUCUAUGUAUUGUCUGCAGUGAUUUGAAAAGAAAGAUAAUAUACAGUAUCUGGUCACCUGGUAUACAAGUAAACUCUAAGGUGGCUGAAUCACUUUCCUCAGGCCCAUGUACGUAUAUUAUUUUUUCAUUGCUUGUUGAUGCCAUGGGCUACAAACAAUCUUUGGAAACAUCAGUUUCAUUUAUAUUUAUUAGGUGAGAUACAGACUAAGUUAGUUGUAUUUAAUUCCCCUUGAAAUUAUGGGGUUUAAGAUAACCUAGACUAGCUUUUUGCACUGAUGUCAGUUGUACGUGUAUAACUAGCUUAAAGGUAAAGGUAAAGGACCCCUGGCAGUUAAGUCCGGUCACAAAGGACUCUGGGGUUGCGGCGCUCAUCUCGCUUUACUGGCUGAGGGAGCCAGUGUUUGUCCGCAGACAGUUUUUCCAGGUCAUGUGGCCAGCAUGACUAAGCCGCUUCUGGAGAAACCAGAGCAGCGCACAGAAACGCCGUUUACCUUCCCACUGGAGCAGUACCUAUUUAUCUACUAGCACUUUGACGUGCUUUUGAACUGCUAGGUUGGCAGCUCACCCCGUCGCGGGGAUUCAAACCGCGGACCUUCCGACCAGCAAGCUCAGUGGUUUAGACCACAGCGCUACCCGUGUCCCAUGUAACCAGCUUAGGAAGCUGCAAACAUACCCCUGCUUUCCUGAGAGUAAGAAUCACUGUAUUCAAUAGAGCUUCCUUCUGAGUAGACAUAGUUAGCAUUGCACUGUAAGUCUAGCUCCAACACUCAAAAAUGUAUCUGCAGUUCUUCAACAACAAAAAAGACACUUUUAAAACUUUGAAAACAUAAUAAUUGUACAAUUUCCUCUGCAGUUUCAUCUGUGCUUUCCCUUCAGUGUUGUAGGCCUCAUCAGACAAAAUAUAUCAAAUGUAACGAAAAGAGCAAAUAUGCAGUAUGUAACUUGAAAAAGAAAGGAACAGCAAGUCUUUAAAAGACAGGAUCCCAUGGUUUAAAUCAGCAGGAUCUUUUUGGUUACAAAUUGCCCCACUGAUAGCUUGGUGUGAAACACUGUAUAGUAACUUUCUUGAUUAUUACUCUAAACAAUGGGAUUGGGCCACUUAUAAAUAACUAAUUUGACUUUAGCUGCAUGAUUCUUGCUGAGGUUGCAUUGCCAUGGAGAUGAUCUGGCUUAGAUGGUCUGAACAGUAAAUAUUUUAAAUGAUCGAACUAUCUUGGCCUUAACUCUUGAAAUCUUUAUUCUCUCUAGUAAAAGAGAGCUCCUUAAACCAUCUUGGCCUUAAAGUAGGGUUGCCAUAUUUUAAAAAGUGAACUUUGGACAAACUCUAAAAAGAAAAAAUAAGUUUUUGAGUUUUUUUUUUUUUUUUUAGGACAUUGACAUACAUGGUUUCCCCAGACAUUUUUACCAAUUUUCAGAAAUUCCGCCUGGACACUAUUUUCAAUGAACAAAUCGCGGAUAUGUCCAGGAAAUUCCGGAUGUAUGGCAGCCCUGUAUGACUUUUGGUUCAACGCAGCUUGGCAUUCAGUGCUAGGAUGGCUGUACUUCUGCAGUGUAAAUUAAUGAGAGAAUCGAGGAUUAUAAAUAAACAUAAAUAUAUAAGUAGUAAUAUCUAUAUAUGGUGAAGGAGCUGCUAUGAGACUAAUCGGGGUUUUUUUUAAAGCUCUUUGUAUGAUGCAUUUUUAACAUGUUUCACACUGACAGUUGCAUACUUUCCUCCGUCAAGGGAUUAUGUUCUUCCUCUUACAUUUCCUCAUCCCACUCCCUUCUAGGCUAAUUUACUGCAGCACAAACAGGUUGAAAUUCCCUUUAGAUCCCACCGCUAUUUUUUCAACAACAAGACAAAUCAGCUUAAAACCCACAACUUCCAUAGGGGAAGUUGUGUAGGGUGUUAGGGAAAUGCAGGGAAGUUUAAAACGUUUUCUUUUUCACUGUAGUGUCUUCAAGGUUAAAUUCUGUUUACUCCUGGCCCGUAAGAUGGAAAGUCUAAAAGGAGAGGAAUGUUUCUUACUGCAAUAGCACUAAAUGCGCAUAAACUUUUGGAACUGCCUUGAGCAAGCCAUGAAAUAUUUAUAACUCUGCAAACCAUUUGUAGCCAUAAACAAAAAUGUAGCCGUGUGAAAUGUAUUCAUAUUUUCCAACAUUUCUUUUAUAAACUAAAACAAACAAACAAAACAAAAACAGUAUAACUAUCUCAGUUAAUUUAUUGAAAUCAUUCAGUCCAAAAAUUUAAAAUGACAUGGAGACAUUGCAUCAGUAUGCCUUCACUUGUCAGAUCGUGGAGUGAAUUGGGGAUUUAGAUGUCAUCUGGUCAAAUCACUGCUGAGACAGAAGACCCACUACUACAGUGUCUCAGAUAGGUAACCACUGUCAUGAUUGUUGCUUCAGUUUAUAUUCCAUUUUUCUUCAUGGCAAUAUCCAUGGGGUUAUUGAGGCAGGGGGCAUGCUUGCAAGCCCUAUUCAGUGGCAGACCUUGGUGUCUCAAAUUUCAAUGGCAUGGUGCCAAAAUUUGUCAUCCCCUCUUCUCGCCUUCCAUUCUACACCAUAGUUGUGGGGGCCCCAAAGACCCGUGGGCAAGACCCUAAACCCGCCUUCUUCCCAACAUCUCUCUGUGUGCGCUGUCUCCAGUCUUCUCCAUGUUGAGUGGGGGCUUGCACUUGCACUUGCACGAACAUGAGUGGAGCACAGUCAGGGACCCUCCUUUAUCAGGCCAGUGUCCCUGAUUGUGCACAGUUCUAGGAAUUGUGCACAUUCAAGGAAUUGUGAGUACAAGUCCCCUGCAAACCUACCCCACCCAAACUGGGGAAAGUUGGGGACUGAGCAAGAGGAAUAUUGCAUAGGUAUAUUGGGGAUGGGGCUUGCAUUCACACCCCUGCCUCUUGUUCACCCAGCAUGUUCAAGUAAAUGCUUGAAAGCAUCUAAUAUUGUGAUGUAGGUUAGGUUGGGACAUAAAACCCUUUCAGACUUUGAGCCACAGUAAAAUGAACAUGCACAGAGGGGACAGUGGCACUGCGGCAGCAGGCUCCUCCCUGUCCUGUGCUCAUAAGAUGUUUGUAGCGAAGCCACCAUGUGGUUUAGCAUGAGCUGUUUGCUCUUAAAAUUAAAAAAUAAAUAGAUCCUCCUAUGACAAAAAUAGUAAAUUCCAUGCCCAGAUGAGGCUAAAUGGAAAUUUUGUUAUUUGACUAGACAAAUGAAUUUGAGACUGUAAUUAAAUGAUUCCUGAGGUUUCUUGGUUAUUACUGUCACAGCACAAACUUCUUUAAAAGCUCCACUGCAUGAUUUCAUUAGAGAUCAGUGGUAUGUGUGAGUGAGUGGGUUAUCCUACAAUAUGCAAGAACGGCUCUAAGAAUGUGCAGAUAUAUAGCCAGUUAUCUCUAUAUCGCAAAUGAAAAUGAAAACAAAUCAAAGUAAAAAAAAAUAAAAUAACUUUAUUAGUUCCCACUUUAUUAUUGGUCUUUUUUUUGCUGUUCAGUGCAUAGGAGGAUAUAGAACCUUGUAAGCUCUUGCCCUUCACUGAGUCAAAAAGUAUUCGCAUUAGUGAUUCUGUUCUGAUUAAUGUUUGAGUUUCUAGAGGACAGAAUUUCUUGUGGCAGUGGUAAAUUAAAAACAUAAGCAAUAUUCUGUGCUUCCUACAGGUGCAGAACAGCACUUUGUCUUGUAGAGGCUUGAGUAGAUAGUACGGGCGGCCUAACAAAAGCAAUUUUUUGCCACUUCAAUCUUUUUUUAAAAGUUGUGAUGAAUAGUCUAAAUUAAUUGUUCUCCAAGAAAGAAUCUGCUUGAUGAACAAACACUUUCACAAGAUGUCUUCCUUAAAGACAAUAAUAGCUACUUAGGUUUACAUGAGACACGUCCAUUAUGAAUAGCUCCUGGCAUCAAUCCCAUCACUGAGAUGUCAACAAAUGAAGGUUGCAAAAUCUCUGGUAUUAAAGUAUAAACAUACUUUUGAAAGGAUUCUUUAUUCUCAAAGUAUUUGUGUUAAAAUUCAUUCAUAAACAGAAUUCUGUUAGUGGUAUUUAUGGUGCUUACAAGAAAGUUCCUUAAUGUUUUGAUAUUGUAAUAAAACACAUUUGAAUCUUGUAGUGCUCUAUGACUAUUAAAAGCACCAUAAUAAUCUGAAGGGCACCCUUACACUUACAAAUAUUAUUUUUAUUUGCGUAGCUGAAGCCAUUACAGACCUUACAGUUAUAGGUGAAUAUGCGUACAUGUCUCAAUAAAAGUGAUUUUAAAUAGUUGGAUCAAAUCCUCAGCAGUCACAGAUACGUUUUAUUUAUUUAUUGAAAAUGGAAACGAAAGUACUGUAUUGCCUUGGUUCUAUUGAAGGAUGAGUCUUACUCUUAAUGAAAAUCAGGACCAUAGACAACAUAACUGCAUUAAAAAAGGAAGGGUUUGUAAAAAUAACAGUUAUAUGAAUAUCAUUUUGAUUAUGUCUUUUCAGAAUGAGGGUUGGUUUUUGUGUGCAUGUGUGUUUGGUAGAGUAUCCAGUUUAUGCAGCUUUCUCCUAUAAGCUGGUCCUAUUUGGCCUGGACCCAGAUGCAUUGUUUUGCAUUCACUGGAUGGUAUGAUUCCCCCGCUGACCCUAGAUGGUGAAGAAUUUGCUCCCUUAUGUGUUUGACAACAAGGUCCAUUUGAAAUUCUUUUCGAGAGCCAAAUGCAGGGCUGUUUAAUACUAAGCAUAUUUUUAUCAAUGUCUAUAUUUAUUUUUCCCAGGAAUGCCUGUGCUGGUCCAAAAGCCACCCACAUCCUUCUUUCAUGCAGAGCAUAUAUGCACUUGCAGCCUCUCCCGAGGAACAAAAUGAGAGAAAGAAAAGCCAAGCUUUGUUUGCCAGCUGAAACUGCCUUCCAACCCUUUGGAAUUUCUUAAGCAUUUGUUCCUCCUUCUUACCAUGAUUAAAAUUGCAUCCAGCCUUGCUAAAAAGAAGGCUGCUCAGCAGAUCCUUUAAGCCAAAGCUUUGCUUUAAGAAAGAAAGAAAUAGCUUAACUUUUAGACCUUUCCAUAUGAAAGCUCCUCCCCCAACUUUCCUCUUAGCACUUCUAGUACUAAUGCAAUACUAGCCGCUUUCUGUUAGUUCCUCAUGAAGCAAGGGGGGGGGGAAAUCUUGCUAAAGAUGGAUAAGUGUAUUUAUGCUGGGAAUAAAUAAAAGUACUCAAUCUUUGCCACUUUCUUUUCAAAAAUGUGAUGAUCAACUUUAGUGUUAAAGAGGGGGAGAUACAGCCUUAAAAAGUCUUUAAAAAAGUAAGGCUUGCCAUAUGAUGGGGAUUGCAGCAAGCUUUGUUAAUAUCUUCCACUUUUAAAACAACAUGGAAGGAGUACAUUAGUGAAUUUCUGAGCUUCAUUGAUGUUGUAGGCCAGUACUCAACAUCUAAAGGUUUUUUCUUUUUUUUAUAUAAAAAAAGUUUAAAUAAAACUGAAAAAUCACAAAACAUAUUAUUGCACAUACGUCUUAUGCAAUAGGUGCCCAUGAGUCUUUUGCAACCAAGUUCUACAUCUGGCCUUGCUUUUUAAAUAGAUUCAAUAAAUCAAUAUAUCCCAACAACAAAUCCUGCUGUUCGAGUUAUGCAACAGAGGCUUUUAUGUGCACCGCUUAGGAGUGCCAAUGAUUAAACCGUAUAGAAAUGUAGUAAAUAAAACAAAUAUUUCUAAUAGGAUGAUUUCCAUGACCAAAUAGAAGGCGGGACUUGUAAGAUAUAGUGAGGCUUCUCCAAAGUCUUUUCAUUCAGUCUUAAAAAGAUUACAUCUUUGUGUUCUAACGUUUUACAAUUUAAAGCAAAUCAGACACGCAAGGACUUCAUAUAGUGAUGGAUACCUGCUAGCAUUCAUACUCUGUGUGGAUGGUUCAUGUUCCAUCAUGUUGCCUGAUUUGAUCUCUGUAGCUUGUCUUUCACUGGGAACACACAGUCCCAUGUGGCUUUUAGCCUGUGAAUUUGUGAUUCAAGUUUGGCUAUUGUUUCCUCUGUUCCCACAGUUCCUUUUGGAAAGACAUCUACUCCCAUGAUUUAGGAAGGAUGCAGGAAGGAUAUGGCUACUGAAUGAUUGCAUAAGUGAUGCAGAGAACAUGAAAUGUAGGGUUCAAAGAGUAAUGAGGGCAUCUAGAAUUUUUUUCAGUUCAUUCUGGAAUCGUAAGUGCAAAUAAUUAUUUUAGCUUGGGGGAGCGUUGCUUGUUAAGAAGAUUAUGAUGGAAAUUGAUCUUGAGUUGGUAGGUCAUAUUGCUACUGAUAUUUUUACUUACGCUGCAUAAUCAGUGUACAAGAUGUUAUGCAAAUAAGGGUCCUGCCACAAGGAGCUUUCAGUCUGAAUUUUCGCAGUGAGGGAGGGAGUGAUAAUAGAGACAGGGUAAGAACCAGAGAUACACAUGCAUUUGCAAGGCACCCAUGCUUCAUUGUACAGUAAUUAGGAAUAUAGGAUUCUUCCUAUCCUUUGUUGUUCCUGUAGUUCACUCCUCCCUCUGGGGCACACCUCCUUGAUUCUGGUUUAAUUUGAAAAAUGUCCAAGCUUAAUUUUGGAAUUGGAGCAUGCAAAGUCUACCCCAGCUUCUAGUUCUCUUACAUUUUUCUCCAUUCUGUGUUACAGAUGUGCUUGUGCACUUGGAUAAAGCAUUGUGGAGGGAUGGGACGGGACAUUUUUUAUGUGAUUGUAUGCAAGACUACAUUAAUAUUCUUUUCAUGCAGUAUUUUACUGAUGCAGUAUUUUACUGAUGCAGCCAUAUGGCUGGAGGGGAACAUGUCAGCUGUCUGGUUCAACACCCUGCUCAUUGCAGGAACAUGUGUUAAUAAAUAUCACAAAAUAAUAUUAAUACAGCUGUAUGUACAAUCACAUUAAUGUUUGUGGUAUUUAAUCAAUGUACACAACAGCACUUAUUCUCUUGUACUUGUUACAUACUUUUAAAAAGCAAUUUGAAUGUUAUGUGCACCAAGAUUUUUCUUGUGAUAAACAAAACUAUGAAUAAUUCCUGAUAUACCAGUUCUACUUCAGUAAUAUGACUGGAUAAAUCAAAUUCAGAAAUCCAAAGAGAAAUUAAGGUGAAGAGCAUUUUGGAGAAUGUGGGAACUGGAGAUUUUAAAUAUGUUAACCAGCACUUUGAAUUGGGUCCAAGAUAAACCAAGAGCCAAGGGUUAUAAAGUAGUGGUUUGCUCUAAAUAUGGGUUGUUGUCGGCACCCUGAUCACAAUAUCUUGCACCAGUUGUAGUUUCUAAAGAUAGCCAACAAUAGAUAUACAUGCCCAUCUUCCUUUAAUAGAUCUUGUUGGUUUUCCAGACCAACACUUACCACUCAGCUGUAUUGUGCAAACUAAUUGCCAGUUUUGAAAAGGGCAAUAGCUUUGAAUAACCUAGGAGCAAAACAGGUGAUAAAACAAUUUCAUCAAAUGCUGUAACUGUUCUAUAAAACAUUAUUUCUGACGACAACAACAACAACAACAACAACAAUUUAUUAUUUAUUAUUUGUACCCCACCCAUCUGGCUGGGUUUCCCCAGCCACUCUGGGUGGCUUCCAACAAAGACCAAAAAUACACCAAAAUAUCACACAUUAAAAACUUCCCUGAACAGGGCUGCCUUCAGAUGUCUUCUGAAUGUCAGGUAGUUGUUUAUCUCUUUAACAUCUGAUGGGAGGGCAUUCCACAGGGCAGCGCCACUACUGAGAAGGCCCUUUGCCUGGUUCCCUGUAGCUUUGCUUCUUGCAGUGAGGGAACCGCCAGAAAGCCCUUGGCGCUGGACCUCAGCAUCCGGGCAGAACAAUGGGGGUAGAGACGCUCCUUCAGGUAUAUUGGGCCAAGGCCGUUUAGGGCUUUAAAGGUCAACACCAACACUUUGAAUUGUGCUCGGAAACAUACUGGGAGCCAACUUAGGGCAUUUUCACAAAUGGCAUUGCAAUCACCCACUCUUGUAGACAGAAUAAAGUUCCCCAUUGGUUAAAAUGCACAAUUAAUUUUAAAGUGUCUCAUGUUCACUUUUUAUUCUGCAUUUAUCAUCAUUUAGAGUUAAUACACUGCAAAUCAUAAUGUGCUCUUAGCACUUCUAACACACUUAGGUUGAUAAGUUUACAUCAAGAGUUAGCUUGGCCUAAAUUUGUCCCCAUUAUCUUCUAACACUAACUUAAUUUGGACCAUGAGUACACUUACUCUGCAUGUGCUUUGAAAAUGCAGUCUGUAGAAAUGAAUGGCUAUGCAAAUAAAGAUCCAGUACUACUAGCUCUUAAAACGUGGGUUGUAUUUGUCAUGAUACAAAAGGAAAGGGUUGUGGGCAUGUAUUGUAAACUUUAUUUUGCUCAUUCCAUAUUUUGCCAGCAUCUAACAUCUGUAUUCAUUUUCUGGGGUCUCCUAAUGGAUUACUUUCAUCUGCUUUGUUCCAAGAGUAAUACUCAAUUUCCUGAAUUUAUAGGUUGCAAUAAAAUCCAUCCGUAAGGACAAAAUUAAGGAUGAACAAGAUAUGGUUCACAUCAGACGGGAGAUUGAGAUCAUGUCAUCUCUCAGCCAUCCUCAUAUCAUCACUAUAUAUGAAGGUUAGUGACUGGUAUUCUUUUCAUCAUCUGUACCAUUUACUCAUUCAGUUCUAAAUUUCUUAUUUCCUUUUACAUCAGGGGUUCUCUAUAACCUUUUUUUCCUACCUACUUGUAAGAAAAUGUGCUUAUUUGUUUAAUAUCAUAAAAGUUCAUUGUACACGAAUAUUAAUGUAGUAAAACAUCUUUUCCAUUCCACUGUGUUGAUAUGGUUGAUGUAUACCAGUCGUUAUGGUGUUUGGGAACCUGUAGGAAGAAAAUCAAGUGCUCAUUUUGCUUCUCUACCUGAGGAGGUGGGGGGUUAGGUUAAUAGGAUCUUUUUCCCAGCUCCACCACCAGGACGCUCCAUUCAAAAGCAUUCUAUUCCAUUACUGUUGCAUUUCCAUUUUGUCAGGUUACUCUGGCAAAAGUGUAAUAGGUAGUUGUCAUGGAAGCAUCUUGUCACUAUAUAGCUGGCAGAGGAACUGUGAUGCAAAAUCUGGCACUGAUUACGUAUUCAGUGUCUCAUAAGUAAAUGAGGUGAUCUCACUCUAGAUUAUUGUUAUGCAUUUUGAGUUUUUAUUUUGUUUAUGUUGUAAACUGCCUUGUGAACUUCAUCUGAAGGGUGGUGUAUAAAUUUCAUAAAUGAUGAUGAAUAUAUGAUGGUGAUGGUGAUGAUGAUAUUGUAACCAAAAUUUUCCUAAUGGUUCCUGAGAUCACAGAACAAGUUUUCAUCUAAGUCUGGGUACAGCUGAGCAUCCUUUUGAAUCAAGAUAGCAGACUGAACUUUUCAGAACUGCAUGGAUUUUUUGAUGUCUUAGACUUGAGCAAGUCUGCGGUUGCUAGUAUUUAAUAAACAAAAACUGUCAUUCAUUGCUGACCAGAAAUACCAUUAAGUGUGAAAUAAUCUGCUAGCGUUAGAUGCAGAUUGAGAAGAAAGGCCACCAUGAAGUUUCUCUUUAAUCAAAUGUGGUGCACUGAGGAGGGAAUUGGCAUGUCUUUGGGCCUCAGUGGAGGUAUACUUUUGUGACUCAGCCACACUGAUGAAUAAUGGGAAAGGGGCAUAUUUUAACCUGCAAUUAAAGCUUUACCUAUUACGUAAAUCAGUUAAAACUCAUACAGGCUUAAUGGAAACCCUAUUCUGACAGCUGAUGCCAAUGAUUUAAACAAGGAAUUGCUUGGAAUCAUGUUGCAGUAUCACAUAUUGAGUUGUUCAAAUACAUGUUCUGUUAGUUGAAAGGAGAUGAAUAUCUGACUUUUUUAUUAAAUAAAAUCUUAAUAGAAUUUCUAAACAGGGAAAGGGAGGACUUCUGCGCCAGCACAAGGGUUGCAAAUGGAGCACAUUUUUCUGAAUGUAGACUGGAACUACCCAAGCGCACACACACACACACACACACACACACACAGCGCUGCAGUUGUGUGUCUCUCCCGUGCAGUUAAACUACUGAACAGUCUGAAUCCAUGCAGAGUUGGGCAUGGCCAAUCUUACUGAUUUCAGUGGUGUGCAUAACAACAUAGGAAAUGGCUGUACAUUUAAAGAUAAGCAAAAAUAAAAGAACACAUGUCAAAGAAACCCUUUCCUCACCACCUUAAUUAUUAGCCCAGGAGCAGAAAAUAUGGUCGUACAGCUGUACAGAAGUACAGCUUUCUUCUUACACAGUGAAUGAGUUUUGUCAUAUAUUUCAUUAUUUUCAAAAUAUAGCAGCCUCAGCCCCUCUUGAAUUCUUAAGCAGCAUUCUUUUCUUUAAACAUUUGAAGGAAUACUGUAAUCUUUUUGCAUUGAUUCAUCAGCCAGUAGUUUAUCCUAGAGAGAGCUUUUAUGUAACCUUUGCAUCAGGAAUGGAGAAACUGACCCUCCAGCUGUUUGACGCCCACUCCCAUCAGUCCUAAACAGUAUGACCAAUGGCCAGGGAUGAUGGGAGACAGGACCCAUUAACAUCUGGAAGGCCAAAGGUUCCCUAUCCUUGUUUUAGAAGGCAUUGGGUGGAGAUGAAGAAUCUAUGGCCCUUCAAGUACUACUGGACUUCAGCUCCUAGCAUGGGAUAGGUUGAAGGUUGGUUCAUCCUGGAGAAGAGUGACUAGUGGGGUGCCACAGGGUUCUGUCUUGGGACCGGUCUUGUUCAACAUCUUUAUCAACGACUUGGAUGAUGGACUCAAGGGCAUCCUGAUCAAAUUUGCAGAUGACACCAAACUGGGAGGGGUGGCUAACACCCCAGAGGACAGGAUCACACUUCAAAACGACCUUGACAGAUUAGAGAACUGGGCAAAAACAAACAAGAUGAAUUUUAACAGGGAGAAAUGUAAAGUAUUGCACUUGGGGAAAAAAAAUGAGAGGCACAAAUACAAGAUGGGUGACACCUGGCUUGAGAGCAGUACAUGUGAAAAGGAUCUAGGAAUCUUGGUUGACCACAAACUUGACAUGAGCCAACAGUGUGACGCGGCAGCUAAAAAAGCCAAUGCAAUUCUGGGCUGCAUCAAUAGGAGUAUAGCAUCUAGAUCAAGGGAAGUAAUAGUGCCACUGUAUUCUGCUCUGGUCAGACCUCACCUGGAGUACUGUGUCCAGUUCUGGGCACCACAGUUCAAGAAGGACACUGACAAACUGGAACGUGUCCAGAGGAGGGCAACCAAAAUGGUCAAAGGCCUGGAAACGAUGCCUUAUGAGGAACGGCUAAGGGAGCUGGGCAUGUUUAGCCUGGAAAAGAGGAGGUUAAGGGGUGAUAUGAUAGCCAUGUUCAAAUAUAUAAAAGGAUGUCACAUAGAGGAGGGAGAAAGGUUGUUUUCUGCUGCUCCAGAGAAGCGGACACGGAGCAAUGGAUCCAAACUACAAGAAAGAAGAUUCCACCUAAACAUUAGGAAGAACUUCCUGACAUAAGAGCUGUUCGACAGUGGAAUUUGCUGCCAAGGAGUGUGGUGGAGUCUCCUUCUUUGGAGGUCGUUAAGCAGAGGCUUGACAACCAUAUGUCAGGAGUGCUCUGAUGGUGUUUCCUGCUUGGCAGGGGGUUGGACUCGAUGGCCCUUGUGGUCUCUUCCAACUCUAUGAUUCUGUGAUUCUAUGAUUCUGUGAUUCUAUGGUUCUGCAUCUGGAAACAUUGACGACUACUGGUUAAUGGAUGUAUCGAGACUUGCUGGUGUGAGCACUAUUUUUUGCUGUAAGGUUUUUAUAUCAAGAUUCCAAACACUUGCUUUCCUUAAACAGGAUCCAUGUUUGGGUACCCUUUUGACCUUGUUUGGCUAAAGGUGAUUAACCUCUGCAUUUGUCAACUCAAUGUCAAUACAAACCACCCGUUUUCAAUGGUGGCCAAAAUCCACAUGUAUGUAAACAGGCUUUCUUGUUUCAGAAUUCCUUUUGUAACUUGAUCAAAAUGAAUUUAUCUCCUGGAUUAUCUGCAAUAGGCAGAUCCACAGUUAGGAGUCAGGAGAAAUUCCAUCCUCUCCACAGGACUCUAAUUGGCAGCCUUUUGACUGCAGCUGGAAGGGAAGUGCUUUCAAAUAAUUUUUUAAGGACUGAGUAGAUUAAGCUGACUUUUCCAGAAGUGUUCUGAUUUUCAGAACAUAAAUUUUAACUUAAAAAGCAAAGCUCUUUUUACCUUUUACCCCCUGAAAUCUGUAUGUUCAAGAGUUAAAUUUUUUUGAGCAGAAACAUUAUUCUGUGGACUUGCUAACCUCAGAAUAAUGUCCCAUCUGGCAGCACUUUAUUUCAGUUUAAAACCUGAAAACAAAUGUAGCCUGAAGUUCCUUAUUCCUACACAGCCAUACUAGCAGUUAGAAUCCUUUCAGCCCUGGAAAUGUCCUUCUUAGUUCCAUUGUAUGAUGGCUGUGUGAAAAAUAAAUGUUUAAAGAAGCUAAUAUGUGCUAAAUGGUACAGCAGAAAUGAAUUCAAAUCUGAAGUCCUGGCCUUGUAGUGGAUUGAUAAAUAUUCCCGUUAUUGUGAGACUGCUCCUACGUUCACAUGAUGAAUAAACCACACUUUGCUGGAUUUGGUACCACCGUAAUCAGCCAUACGAGAUCCAGUAUGCUACUGUCACAGGAAGAUGUAAAACCAAAUUGCCAGAAAUGCAUACCCCCAUAAUUUUGUAUCUGAAUUUUUAUGCUUUGAGCAAAAGAGUAAAUGCAAGAGUGUAAUCCAGAUUUGGCAAAGACCAAAUCUGGAAGUAAUUUGUAAGUCUCAAAGCAUGGUCUGAAACCAUUUGGUGCAGCAACCUUGCUAAGGUUAAGCUAGUCUGGCUCAGAUCAAUGCCUGGAGAAGAAUAAGCAAUGUCUGCCUAGGAGCCUCUAUGUACAUUGUCUUAGGAUCCACACUAGAGAAAGCUGGGAUACUAAUGAUGAUACCAACAACACCAACCAUUAAAACAAAAUACAACUAAAAGCCAUAAAAUAGCAAUAUCACAAUGCAAGCAAUUACAACCGCUAGAGCAAACCAACCAGAAUCUCCAAAGUGCUGAAUGAAAAGAAACGUGUUGAUUAGGCAAUGGAAGCCCCUCAAUGGUGUUGCCACCCAUUCUCAGGGAGCACAUUCUAGAGUCUGGGCAUGAUAAUAAAAAAUGCCCUGUCUUUGGUCCCAAUACAGCAUGCAACAUGCAACAAAUGGGACUGCAAGAAGCACACCCACCCACCCUUUCCCACCAGAGCAGGUUGAUAUGGAGAGAGGCACUCCAUCAAAUACCUAGGUCCUAAGUUCUUCAGGGCUUGGCAUGUUAAUAAUAACAACUUAAAUUGGGCAUGGUAACAUAGGCAGCCAGUGCAGAUAAUCUAAAACCAGUGUAAGAUGGCUCUGCACUGGAGGACUCCUUCAUACCCUGGGGUGGUAUUCUGGACUAGCUGCAGUUUCUUUACCAUCUUUAAGGGUAGCCCUCCAUAGAGUGCAGUGACUGAUAUCACUGAUCUCCAAACUCUAUGAUUACCAUACCCAGUGGCUUAGAUGUCAAAUAACAAUGGGGGCAACAUGGGGGGACCCUGCAGCAUUACUGCCAGGGAACUAAGCAGAAGUCACACGGUACUGCUCUGUGGAAACAGUUGUCCAGGUACCCAGUGGGGUUGAGAUGUAGAUCAUUUAACAGACUGAAGACUACUUCACAUAAAUGGAAUGUAUGUAUAAAGUACCAGGCUCAUUACAGUGGUGCCCCGCAAGACGAAUUCCUCGCAAGACGGAAAACCCGCUAGACGAAAGGGUUUUCCGUUUUUGAGUUGCUUCGCAGGACGAAUUUCCCUAUGGGCUUGCUUCGCAAGACGAAAAUGUCUUGCGAGUCUUGAGAUAUUUUUUUCGCUCCCCCCCCCUUUAUCUAAGCCGCUAAGCCUUUAAUAGCCUUUUAGCAGCUAAUCCGCUAAGCCGAUAAGCCUUUAAUAGCCGCUAAACCGCUAAUAGCGCUAAUCCGUUAAGCCGCUAAUAGGGUUGCUUCGCAAGACGAAAAAACCGCUAGACGAAGACACUCGCGGAACGGAUUAAUUUCGUCUUGCGAGGCACCACUGUAAUUUAUAUGGGGAUGGCAUGUUGAAUGUAAUUCUUUCUAUUGCCAUUCUAUAUUUUAAAAAUGAAAAAACCAUAUACCAUUCCUCUCUGAAUGCCCAUGGUCUGAUGCAGAAGUGUCCUUUCUCUAACUGACUAAAAUGUGUAUAUAAAAACAGCAAAGAUGUGGGAACUUUUGACAUUGUCCUCAGUGUAUUCAAUGCAGAAUGCCAAUUGUUUGAUUUUGUUACUUUAUCAUUAGCAACACCAUCUAACUACAGUUAUCUAACCCACUUCCUUUUUAUUUCAGCCUUUGGCUUUAGCUAUAUUAUUUCCAUUGUUGACAUUUGAUAACACCCAAGAUUAUAAUAUAGAUUUUCCUAGAGGCUAGUGAUUGGAAAUUGAAGUAAUAUAAACUAAACUAACCUCCAGAGUCUUCACGCUCCAUAGUCCUUGACUUCCUUGCAUUCAAUAUACUUUAACACCUAAAUAAUACUCACUUGUUGUAAGGAGGCCAGGCUAUGAAAGUGGGGGGGAAAGCUAGCACAACACACAGCUAACACAAAAGAAUUUGUGUUCUUUUCUAAAUAUACUUUUUAUGUUAUACACUGUGACCCAGCAUGGGCCUCCUAGAGCUAGGCCCCAUUCACAUAUUUCUCUUGCUUCAGGAAUCUCUGAAAUAAGCAGUAUAACAGAAUGCAGGAAGGUAUCCUUUCUAUUACCCAGACAGGAUCUGGGUAAUGAUGGGAUCCAUCAUUAAUUAUUAAUUCAAAAUAUUUGCAGCACUAGCCAAACGAAUCACUGGAACAUUCCCAACUGCCUUUUUGGGGGGCGGUGGGAGGCAGGAAAAUCCAUAUAACCCAGUACAGUAUUCUGCAUUUAGUUGAGGCAGUCUCUGAUUCUCAAAGUAAGGAGAAUAUCCUUUAUGGCCACAAUUAAAGAUUAGAAUAGCCACACUGUAGCUCAAGUACACUCAGAUUUAGUGGGGUGGACUUCACAUGCAAUGCAAUUUUAAUAGCUUCCAGCUUAAAUCCAGUAAACUGGAUUAUAUGAUUGGGUAAACUGGCAAAGAUCAUGCUAGUACAAAAAGGUAGGUGUGUGUGUGUGUGUGUGUGUGUGUGUGUGUGUGUGUUGUGCUUGAUUUGGUUGGCUAAAUAGCACCAUUCUCAUUUCUCCCCUAAAAUUAUGCUUAAACUUAGUAUGUUUUAUUGGAGUUGGAUAGUAUGUGUUAACAGGGAAAAUAUUUGUCUGUGUGUCUUUAACUUAAGACUCCUGCAAUUUAAUCACUUACUUAACAAAGUUUUUUUUGGUUGUUUUCUUAUAUCAGUGUAAUUUAAAGCAAAGGGACGUGGGUGGCACUGUGGUCUAAACCACAGAGCCUAGGGCUUGCCGAUUAGAAGGUCGACGGUUCAAAUCCCCGCGACGGGGUGAGCUCCUGUUGUUCGGUCCCAGCUCCUGCCAAUCUAGCAGGUACCACUCCGGCGGGAAGGUAAACGGCGAUUCCGUGCACCGCUCUGGUUCGCCAGAAGCGGCUCCCGUGGCCAGUAAAGCGAGAUGAGCCCCGCAACCCCAGAGUCGUCCGCGACUGGACUUAACCGUCCCUUUACCUUUAAUUUAAAGCAAAGGCCUAGAAAUGCUUUCCACUUAGAUCUGAGUAGAUGGCAUACAACUGAUUUUAGAUCUUAUGAAUGGUUUUCCAUUAUUCAGAUGUAUUUUUAAAAAAAUAUAUAUUCUUUAAACUGAGUAGUUUUCAGAUGAUUUUAUUGAAUGAGAAGGUUAUUCUGUCAUCUGUCCCUAAAAUUAAAGACCAACUCACUUGCUGCUCUGAUUUGGCUGACCUUUAAUAAAAGACCACUUUGUAUCAUUGCAAAGGUACUUCUGUCUGCUGCUGUAAGGAGGGUAAUAAAAAUACCACUUUAUGGAAAGACACCAGAUGGAAGGAAUGUCAACAUACUGGAACUAAUUUAGGAGAUUGCUCUGAUAUAGAGCAAAGGCAUGAGGAGAAUUCAGAUGGUUCCAAUGUGAAGAGAUUGGCUGCCUCUCUUAAAACAACAAACUAAAAUUCUUAUCCUGGGGUUACAUGUAAACGGAAAGCAUUCAGUCCUCAAGGUGGAUGUCGGUUUAGAAAAAUACCGUACAACUACAGCUUUUAUUCUCAAUUUAGGAUUCCAGAAACAGAAAUAAAGUGGGACGUGGGAAUAGUUUUACUCCCAUUUUAAACAUAUACAAACAAACAGUUGUAAAAAAAACCUAGCUAGUGUAUAAAAAAUGUAGCCAAAAUAAUGUAUAGCUUUUUUAUUUGCUUUUCUUAGCUUGUGCUUGUCCCAUCAGUAUACACAUAUAAACUCUUAUUUUCAGCUUGCCUCACAAGAGUUUCUACUUUUUCAUGAGCAAGUAUGUUUUUAAGAGGAAAAUUAUGCCUCAUUGGAUGCAGUGAAAUUCCAAAGUUCUGAACAAAAAGAGAAGUCUGUGUACUAGCAAGGUUUCCUUCGAAGUUUGGAGCUCCGAAUAGAAGCUGAACUCAUCAUUUCAAGCCUUCUAAAUAUAGCUGACAAAAUGCAUUCAGGAGUUAUGAUAGUACAAGGAGAUGUGAUGGAGAAUAAUGGAUUGAGUGGUUACAAAAUGUACUUCAGUUCAGACACAUCUUUGGUAAUGAGCAUGGAAAUUCUUCCCCAGUUUUACAUUCUUUAUCCUAUAAUAAAAUCCCAAGUCAAAACCACCUGGCCACAAUCAUGAUUUUUUUAAAUAAAAAAAAUACUGAUAUCAGAAUAAACAAACACAUUUAUUCUUAGAAUUAAGGGGAGGAAGUUAAUAUAUUGAUUGUUUAAACACAAAACACUUUCUUCUAGUUGUAUAAAGACCUAACUUUCUACUGGAAAGCAUCAUGGCAUUGAAAGGUACAUAUACACACUCCGCAGGGAAACUGCAUACAGAGCUGAAGGUUCCUGCUUUAAGCCCCAGUGGAAAAAAACAUAUUUCUAGGGAGAAGACGUUCCAGACAUGACCUAAUAGCACACCUUCCUAUGCAAUCUUGUCCAAUAGUGAACCCCCUGGAGGAGAAGUAGUCUCUAGGGGUCUCGUAGAGAUUUUAGUCAGAACUCACAGGAUCCUAUGGGGAAAAGUGUGAUCAGACUCUUUCAGGUGAGCAGGUUCAUAGCACCUUUUCUGAAUAACAUGCUGUGCAUCAUAAUUGCUGACUCCCAGUUGUGGAAUGGUUCAGGGUAGUUUUUCUUUGUCUGGCAUUUCCAUUUUAGCAAACGAAAAAGCGGGAGAAAGCCAAGCAGCCGUUCCUCAUUAAAUUUGUUUCUGUGAGCAAGGUGGUGGCAGCAACUGUACAGAACUACUUUAGAAACUGUCCCAGCUUUACCUGCAUUAGAAUGGCAGGUCAUAAAUCAAAUGUAGUAAAAAUACAGAGGGAAAUAAGCAUUCCAAAUAGUUAUACUGAAGCAAUUAGUCUAUCAUCAGCUUAAAUAUUAGGUCUUAAAAGGGCAUAGCAUUUAUUUAUCUCAUAAUUAUUUGGAAUAAAUAAUACUGUGUCUAAACAAAUGCAUGUAAGUGUUGGGGAAUACCAUAACAUCUCUCAGUGUAGUGUUAUAAAUUACAGUAUGGCAUUAUAUGAGCAUUGCAGUGAUAUCUCAAAUUUUAUGGAACAUAUGUUUAGCAUGAUGAAAGCCCUUCUCCAGGUACUGUUGAGGAGAGACCAUAGCUGUGUGACACAACACUUGCUUUGCAUGUUGAAAAAAAUAAGUUAAAUCAGGGGUAGCACUAAUUAAAGUAUUUCAAGUAGCAGGGCCAGCUCUGCCAGAAAUCUUGGAAUGCUGUUGUCAGUCAGCCUGGAUAGUAUUUGCAUAUAUGUGCAGUGCCUAGUAUAUUCUUAUAUAGUAUUGCAGCAUUUGCAUCUUGGAGUAAUUAAUUCACUCCAGUAAAAUAAAAAGAAUGUAAACUUCAGUGGCAACAAAGAUUUUAGCGUGUGGCCCCAAUCCAUUUAGUCUGUUCUGUUAAUGACAGCUGAACUACUGUACUGUAUAGUGACUAAAGUAAAGGUAAAGGGACCCCUGACCAUUAGGUCCAGUCGUGGCCGACUCUGGGGUUGCGGUUCUCAUCUCGCUUUAUUGGCCGAGGGAGCCGGCGUACAGCUUUCAGGUCAUGUGGCCAGCAUGACUAAGCCGCUUCUGGCGAACCAGAGCAGUGUACAAAAACGCCAUUUACCUUCCUGCCGGAGUGGUACCUAUUUAUCUACUUGCACUUUGACUUGCUUUCGAACUGCUAGGUUGGCAGGAGCAGUGACCGAGCAACGGGAGCUCACCCCGUCGCGGGGAUUCGAACCGCCGACCUUCUGAUCGGCAAGUCCUAGGCUCUGUGGUUUAACCCACAGCACCACCCGCGUCCCCUGUAUAGUGACUAACUUGUGGCUAAUGUGGUGUUCCAGAUCUAGAAGGUGAUACACUUUUUCUGUGCUUUUACAAUUUUGUUAAAAACUGUACCUUAGUCAUUUUUGUCAGUAAGGACCGGAGUAGGGUGAUAAAAUUACUUUAGCCUAUCAAUUUUGAUGCUGCAGUCUAAUCCGUCCACAGUCACCUCAUAUAGCUUCCAAAGUUCAUUGUUAAUGAGGAUGUAAUCACUGGAAUGAAUCAGUGCUUCACAAGCUGUUAGACAAUCCUCUAGUCAGCAGCCAGUGUUUAUCUGUCUGCUUCCUAACACACACACACACACACACACAGAGAGAGAGAGAGAGAGAGAGAGAGAGAGAGAGAGAGGGAGAGAGAGAGAGAGAAUUUUACUGAACAUUGUAAUGGGGCAGAAAAAAACUGCAAUCCUUUGUCUUGUACAAGUGUGAAGAGACAUAUGCCAAAGCCCAUGAAGCUACAGGCUUAUUGUUGAGAACUUUUGGUUUCACAUUCUUUAAAUGUUCAUUGGCUGAGCCUUCCUGCAAUUGUCAUAAAGCUGUGCACUGGUUGUAUCACUAAUUCUAUCACUUUAGGAUUAUUACAGUAGCAUGGAAGAACUGCCCAGUGCAACCUUGGUUCAAGGAGAUGUCUCUGUAUAUUGUAUGAAUCAAUAAUAAAUCUUUGAAGAAGUAAACAGUCUUUUCUUUAUGCCAUGGAACAAUGUUUCCCAUGUACCCGAUGAAUUGAGAACAGAGAAGAAAAAGUAUUCUAUGGCAGCUAAAGCAAUUCAAAAUGGAUCAGAGUAAGACUGUCUGAGAUUGCUUAUUUAUAUGGGGAAUUUAUACCCCCCCUCCAACAAAAGUCUGUUGGAGUGGCUAACAUAAAUUUAAACCAACAAAGAAACGCCAUAAUCAGCCACAUAUAAAUAAAACGGGAGCUGCAGAAAACAGUAAAAGCCAGCUUAUAACAGUAUGUAAAAACUCAGAAAUGAAAGGUUCUUUUCAAGAAAUGUCUUUAAUUAUCCUCAGUUAUUAUGUGAUCUUCCACAAAGUACCUUUCAAGUGUUACCCACAAAAACCCAUUAUUUUGAAAUUUGCCUUUUUCCGCUCUAGGAAUGCAUCAGCAAUCAAUCAAUGUCUUGCAUGUAUGGACUACAUGCCUGUGCUUGUAAUACUUAGGUUUUCCCCUGUUGCAACAGCAUGACCAAGUAAAGAUGGGGUAGUUUAAAUUUGUAGUUGACCUAUGUUAAAUAACUCAUUUGCUGCUCUCAGUUGGAAAUCCCUGUACUUGACUGUACCAGACCACGUUCAAACACUGGAAGUAUAUUAAAUAUUAUACAGAUAGUUCACUAUAUUCCUCUAAACCUUCUGGAACCAAUGCAUCGUUGCCUUGGAUAAAUAACAAUCAGUUUCUUCAGUCUUCCUGGUAACUGGGUCUACAUUGCUUUCUUGCUUCCUCUCUCCUAGCUAAAAGGAUAAUUGAUUGAAGAAAGGGUGGGUGCUUUGUGCGAGGGAGAGUGCAUGCGCAGAAGUUCCAGCUGCCACAUUACUGCACUAUUUUUCUAGCAAAAUCAGUGCAAAGCAACCCUUAUUGCCAAACCCAGGUUCAAAGGGCAGUGAAAGGCACCCCAGGGUAGCAACAUGGAAGAAACUGGUCUGAAGCAGAUGGGAAUUCAGCAGAGAAGAGCAAUGCUCCCUCCCUUUUCAAGGCUGAUUAUGUGUGUUUUGUGUGUUCAAUGCUUAAAUCUAAAAAAUUAAAAAUGCAGUUGUCGUUUUUUAUCUCUAGUGUUUGAGAACAAAGAUAAAAUUGUGAUCAUCAUGGAGUAUGCAAGCAAAGGGGAAUUGUAUGAUUAUAUCAGUGAGAGACGAAGAUUAAAUGAACGAGAGACAAGACACUUCUUCCGGCAAAUUGUUUCUGCUGUGCAUUACUGCCACAAGGUGAGCAAAGGAUUAACUUAUUUUGUAAAUUUCCAUUUAUUCCCUUUUAAAUACCUUAAUUGAGUUUGUUUUUAAAGUGGGGAGGUUCUUGCCAUCCCACAUGACAACUUAAAAUCCACAGCAGAUUUCUGAGUGCUUUAACAAAUCUUUAAAAACUGUGAUGUGGGAAUAGAUUGAGACAUUAAUAUUUGAAAGCCAGAGCACACUUUUAGGGAUAUAACUCGCCCUGUCUAAAAGCCAGAAGCUGGAAGAACUAGAUUUUCUGUAUGGACUAACUUACAGUAUUGAGAUAUAUUGUUUUCUGGUGCCUGAGAAGAAUGAGGAGGGAAGAACUGGGGUUGGAAUUGAGUUCCGAAAAGAGUUCCCCUGCUGCUUUACAGGCUUUGUGGGAGGAUAGAUUCCAGUCAUUCUUCCCUUAACCACACAGCAAGUGACUAAUACAUCUCCUGUCACUAGUUACUAGACUGCAAGUGUUAUGACUGAAGUGUAAAUGCAAAGACCACCCCGGUGGCUUGCUUUUUUAAUCCACCCAGUAUUCUCCUUUCUGUCCCUCCUCACCUUCUUUCCUUUACUUUCUUGUUUCAGAAUGGUGUUGUCCAUAGGGAUCUAAAACUGGAAAAUAUUCUUCUUGACGACAACUGUAAUAUUAAGGUAAAGGUCAUUUCUGUUCUCUGUGUAUUGUCUGAAAACUUUUUUUUUUAAAAUCACAGGAGCUACUUCUAAACCCAUUCAGUGUUUGCAAAAGUGAAAUGCAGAGACAAUUUUUUCCUGACUACUUCAGCAUUACAUUUUUGUAUUAAUGGGAGUUAAGGGAACAGUCUCUUUCACUUCAAGAUGAGUAACAGCAAUUAACAGGAGAAACAGGAAAAUCGCCAUAGAAUACAAUUGACUUUACAGGUGGUAUUUUUGCUGGCUGCUGGGAAUAUACAAAUGUUCUUGGUCUGCAAGGUUCAAGUGCAUCCUCUAGAGCCCUCUGAACGUCCUUUUGAUCACAUCUAACAAAUAAGCAAACCCUGUAACAAAAUAAACUCAAGCAAAGCACAUGUCCUUCAUUAGGAAAUGGCCUUGGAACUCCAGGCACAAUGAUAGCUUUCAGAUUUGCUUUCGGUGAUGUCAUAACUAUGUCAAAAAUCCUUAGCGAAAGCAUGGGAAUGACCUUUUCAUGCUUUCUGCCAGGAAAAUAAAAAUGGCUAUAAUACAAGAUGUGUGAUGCUGUUCUGGGAAAUUAGUGCUGUUCCCAAGUUUCACCUUCAGCUAUUUAAAACUCAAAUGGUGCUUAAUCAUAUGAUACAAGCAUUUCUUAUAUCGGUACCAAAUUUCCCAUGGCAUGGUUUGAAAAGCAGUGACCUUAGUGACACAAAGCAGAUCUGGGUUUGGUUGGUGCCUAGAUAAGGGGACCACCAGGAAAUCCCACAUAAACCACCUUGACUUUUGCGGAAGAGAAGAUGAGAUAUAAAUAAAGAACAACAAUUGAAAGUUCUGCUCUUUACAUGUCAUACACGCUUUAGCCUUGAUGCGUGUUUAUGAACACCUGGUGUAUUCUUUGUUUCUGACAUAGAACGUAAUUGGGGCAUUUAUAGUUAACAACACAGUCCUAAGCAUGUGCUCGUUUGUCAUCUGUGAGAUCAGUGGCUCACAGCAAUGCUAGUGAAACAUAUAUGAAAGAACUGAUGGUGAAGAAGAAAGUUCAUACCACUGAACUGGAACUUACUGCUUCUGAAAAGUCAUACUGAGCCCAUUACAGUGACAGAAUUUGGAUUUUCUCAAAUGACGCUUCAUUUUCUUCUUCUUUCCAUCUUCUCAUACCGCUGAGGCAUGUCUGCUGCGUUUGAUAUCAAACAAGCUUCCACUAUCAGCCUUGAUACUGUAGGCUUAGAUCUUGCUUUUGUGGUUUCUGUAUUAAUCGCAGGGACUUUCCCCUCCCUGCUGUUUCACUAAACAAUAUUUGUUGGCAAGGAAACACAUCUGGGAUUGUAAAUUAUUGAUGUGCAGUUGAGUAAAUCUGGAGGACCUCAUUUCCGAAAACAUUUGCAAGUGUACAUUUCUAGGAGACUAGAAAUGCACCGUUUUGCAAGUUAAUAGAGCUGCUUUUGUCUUUGUAAAAGAUUUAACCCUGAUCACUUGUUUUAAAUGAUACAGUUUAUCCAGUGAUUUUCAAAGCAUGUUAUAAAUGUUUCGGAUAGAAUGAACCUAUCAGUUGAAGCAGAUAUGUAAAUGAAAAUGUUUAAUAUCAAAUGAAAAUAUUUAAAAUCAAACUUGCAAGUGGUCCGUGCAAAGGAUUUAGUUUUCAGUUUAUCUUUUGUGAAGUGGUGGAAAGAGUAUGACUCUUAUCACCUUCUCUGGAAAUGAAGUUUUCUAGCCCUUUGCUGCAGCUGCUGUUGAGCUUUCACUUGCAGACACACUCCUACACUGCACAAUGACAUCAGGGUAUGUCAUUGUUCUUCUAUAAUUGUAGGAAGUGCCAGCUUACAUGCAAGGGAAGUCCCCACAUUACCAGGAACCGGAAUACAAAUACCUAAACUUUGCAAAAUCCUGUGGUAUGAAUCUCUUCCUAAUCUCAGUUUCAAUAGUGGAAAAUGACUGCUGCCUAUGUUAUGAUGCACUUCUACACUUCUUAUUAACUUGAAGUCAGCAAGAAUUUACCACAGCAAGCUGCACUUUUUUUGCUCUAAACAGUUUCCCACAAGUUCUCACAGCACCUUGAAAGUGUUAUUUACUAUAACAUACAGUGGGCACUUAGGAAGCUAGCAAGCCCAAGGAUGCAAAGGCAAAGGAUGAUAAUCUUUUCCUAAAUUAAACAACUGACCAAGUUACCGCCUCUCUCUUCUAAAUAACCACAGAAGACAAAAAUGCAGAUUUAAUUAAAACAGUGGGAUGUUGGAAAAUGAAAAGGGGAAGCAAGAUAAAUGUAUCAACCUGGUAAGGAAAUCAACAGGGCUCUGACUGUGUGUUUAUAAGUAUUGUUUUAUUUGUUUAGAACUGUGCACUCCAUAGACAAAUCUUGGGUUUCAUGAACAUUGUACACGCUUGUCAAUAAUUCAGCUGUGUUUGCUAGUCUGUGAGUCAAUAGAAAAAGAUCCAGUUUCUUAGCUGGUGCAAACUGAAGUAAAGGAGCAAUGUCAGUUUACACUGAGCCCAAAUACUUGAAGGGAGUGCAGGAUUCAUACUGAAUGAGUAAAUUUCAUCAUGUUUUUUGUAAGUAGUUGAAACAGUCAUUUCCUCGAAGGUAAGGGAAUUCAAAGUCUGGCUUUGCAGCAACCCCUCCCUGUUUGGAAACCUUUUUUGAAUUAAUACUUUGGCUCCAUUUAAGUGCCAGGAACAUGAAGGAAUCUUGGCUACUAUGAUUUUUUUCCCAUAUUGGGGGGGAGGGAAAAUGACAGCUCUAAUGGGAAAAGCUGAUAAACAUCAGUCUGUGAUUAUGGGAGUUGGCCGUGAUAGAAACACUGUUUCCUGAAUGACUGAAUUGAAAACAUGGAUACCUGUUAGGAGCUGGCUUUCCCCCGUAAAUGGUAUAUAUUUAUAUAUGCAUAUAGAUAUUCAUGCAUUUUGUAGACUAUGCUAGGGGACAGAUUGUCCUAAGCAGAGUGUACCAUGCAGUAUCAGAAUUAGCAUGAGCUGUGGCAUGCCCUCCAAAUAAAGUCAGUUCCACUGACUACUCCACAAUCUCUAAUGCUGAAACGAUUAAAUUUAGAUUGACCAAACCACUGUUCUUUUGCUCAAGACUGAAUUCCUGCCAGCCAAUCAGAGUGAUUUGAUAAGAAAGUGGAAUUUAUUUAAGACAAUUAACCGCAACCUAAGCCCCAAGAAUGCAUUUGCAGACUGCAAUUGUACACCAGCUGCUUCUAAUGAGAUUCUAGGCCAGUGAAGGUUUUACAGAACACAGUUUUCCCAUAGUUUUCCUCUAAAGGAUUACUUACAGUAUGGGUUGAGAUACCAGGUUUGUUUUUAGAGUCCUGUUGCAAAUGAGAUGAUACAUCACAGAUACACCACAAAUAUAGAUGUGACAGCCAACAAACUGGUACAUAGAUGUAUAACUGGAUUACAUACAGUAGAUAGUAUUUAAAGGUGAUGUAAGUCAAAAUGGCAGUAAUGUACACUGCAUAUAAUGGAGCACAGGGCAAUGAAGAGUCAUAAACCACAGCAGUGAAAAGGGUCUCACUGGCCACCAAGUGCAAUUCUCUGCUCUAAAGUAGUACCUUAACCCAUGUAGUCACCCUCUCCAGAUUAGGUAAUAUCCUGAUAAUAGCAUGCCAACAGCAGGUAAUGAUUAUCCAGAAAUUCCUUCUAGGUUCAGGGAAUCAUUUCAUAAAAAAUGCAAGCCACUCAAGCAAAUGAGUCAGUCCAUCCACAUGCUGCAGAAGAAAGGCAACAUUCCUUGGGGUCAUUGCCUAAUUGACAAGAUAGAGAAUUACUUCCUCAUCGAAAUGUAGGGAUCACUUGGAUCCUGACUCCUGGGUAUGGAACAAAAGCCAUGUGCUAAUCUUACCCAAGAUAAAACAAAAUAAAACUGUUCUUUAGUACAAGUCCACCUCAUUCAGGAACGAUUCUUGGGCUGUACCAACCUCUGAUGACCUAGAGAAGGAAAAAAGACCAAGACCACAAGGAAAAAUAAAUCCUUUCUAAACGAUUAAGGCCUAGAACUUUACAUAUUGCAAAUAAACUCAUGUGAAUUCUCAUAUUCUUUUACUAAGGAUGCUUCUGAAAUUCUGUUUUUGCUUUCCUGAUUUUUCUCCCCAGAUAUGGAGUUCCAUAUACUUGGUUGUGUUUUUGAAGUAGAACUGAUGCAUUAGAUAGCCAUCAACAUUCCGGUUUUUUAUUUCUGAAUUUUGUACAGCACAUCAUGAAUCCAUAGUUUGCUGCAUGUAUCUCUUCCACUAUUACCAAAGUUCACAUAUGUAUUGUUGAAAUACUGUAUUUAAAGCGGUAUUGAAGUUUGCAUCAGGCUUUUUGGGGGUGGGGGUUUUACCAACACUUGUGUUCAUUUUAGUCAUUCAUAAAUAGCAGAGAAAAGCAAACUUGAUGUGACUGAUCAUAUAGGCGUGCCAAGAAUCUUUUGUGUUUUACCAAUGCACAGGACCACAUGUGCACAUCAGUAAAAAAAAUAAAAUAGAAUAAUAUUGGAUGAACAGUCACAUCAACAUUGUUUUUUCCAAUGUAUGUGUAGAUUUGUAAUGUAGAGUUGGGAAAAGUUGCAGGUGAACAGAAGGAACUGAAAACUGUGGGAAACUUGGAAUUUAUUUUAGAAAAUCUCUUAGUUAAAACUGAAUUUAGAAUAAGUGGAAUACAGGGCAGAGCAAACACAUUGAGCAAUGAGGAGAAAGCUUUUAUCAAAGUGAUUAAUUAGCCAGGGCCCCAGAUUGAUACUCAAUGCCCAGGUUGGUGUGAUCAGUAAAUCACACUCCCUAUCUUACAUUUUGGUAAGUUACACUACAGGACUUGGUUGCAUUUGUCUUCACAGAUUGCAGACUUUGGACUUUCAAAUCUUUAUCAGAAAGACAAAUUUCUUCAGACUUUCUGUGGAAGCCCACUGUACGCAUCUCCAGAAAUUGUCAAUGGAAGACCCUACCGAGGCCCAGAGGUAAGCAGAAUGAGGAAGAAAGGAAGUGAAAUGAAAAUAUUAUCACACAUGAGACCCUGCAACAAAACGUUGCAAUGUGGUACCUGUCUGGGGCAAUGACUGCUUGGAAUUUGAUUAAAUGAUCACAGCCUUGGCCUUGAUAAAUCAAAUAGAUUCUUCAUCUUUAGCAUGAGGAACUGUUAAAAUAUUGCUUUCAUUAGUUUUGCGUACAAACCGCCAGAUUUUCUUGUAGCUAUCCUGUAAUAUCUGUAGGAUAUUAAGCAUUGCUGGAUGUUCAAUGCUUCUUUGAAUGUCAUAGACGUCAGGUGACCACUUUUCUGUCUGUUAUGUUUCUUGUCUCUUUGCUUUAGGUUGACAGCUGGGCUCUCGGUGUACUGCUUUACACCCUCGUUUAUGGAACCAUGCCCUUUGAUGGCUUUGAUCACAAAAAUCUAAUCAGGCAGAUCAGCAGUGGAGAAUAUCGUGAGCCAACACAGCCCUCAGGUAUCAAAAAGAUCUGGCACAGUGAAUUAAAAUGAUAUAAUAAUGAUUUGUUUUACCUAUUUUUUAGUCCUUGGUCUUAGGAUAAUGGUAAGAUAAAUGACAAAGGGCAGGUGGUUCUCAAAUUACUUCCUAAUUUCAGCGCUUUUUUUUUUUUUUUUUUAAAAAUGACUGUUGUGGGAAACGUAGAGGAUUCUAUGUUAGUAGAUUUUAUUGCUUUCAGGAAACUUUGCCCACCUCUCUUCAGCUAUAUCUAAGACAGCAGACAGUAUUUUCGUUUUUGCAAAUGGAAUUGGUCGGACAAGCUGUAAAAUGAUACACAUAUCAGUCCUGGUAACUUUGCACAGCAGUAUACAUAAAAAAAUACCAAGGAAACGAUGAAUAGCCCUGGAGGAGCAAAUCAUUAUCCCAAGAAUUUGGUCCCAUGUCUACCAUCAAUAACAAUAAUUGCAUGGCUUCUAGAAUCCCAGAGACCUGUGCUCCUCCAGAUGUUGAACUUCCCACUCCCAACAGCCCCAGCUAGUGCAGCCAGGGAUUUAAGGGAGUUUUAGUCAAACAUCUGGAGGACCACAGGUUCUCUAGCUUUGUAGUAUACAGGAGGUGGCUGAUGACAUGGUGGCAAAUUUAAUAAUUUUAGACUGACAAUUUGAUCACAGUGGUAGCCUUUGACAUGAUAAUCUGCAGUGUUUAUCAUGGGUUGAAUUGAGAGUUGGGCUGAAGAGCGGAGUAAAUUGCUUCAUUUUUCUGCUGGUUGUAGAAUAAAAAUCUUCAAGCUUGAGAACAGUGGAGUUUGCUGAGGUUCUUGAAGCAAUGAGUUGUGUUCAUAAGUUAGCAACAAUAAGAAUAAACUGGACUCAAGAAACCAGACAGAAAAAUAUUUUAUUUAAAGGAGAGCAGGGAUCGUUUUGAUUAUAAGAUCAACUAUCCUGGAUCAUGUCAAAGGUCCAUCAGGUCCAGCUUCCUGCUUCCCACAGUGGUAAUUGGGUGCAAGCAAAGUAGGGUUUGAGGACAAUAAUUAUUUUCUGUUAUUUGUCUCCUGCAUAUUCAGAGGAAAGAUGGCCUUUGAACCUGGAAAAGGGAAUAUAUCUGAGAAUUGAUUGCUAUAUGGAACCUUCUAAUUUAGAGGCAGUCUGCCUCUGAAUAAGUUGAACUUAGAGAGGCCAACAAGAGAAAAGGGCUUAAUAAAUAUGCCCCCUCUCUCCAAUAACUCAUUGCAUUUCAACAAAAGCUUCCAAAAUUCUCCCUUCCCUACCCACCCAUUUCAUUAUCAUUAUCAAUACCCAUGUAUUCCUGCAUAAGUGGGUGGUAUUCCAUAGAAUCAUAGAAUCAUAGAACUGUAGAGUUGGAAGGGACCCUGAGGAUCAUCUAGUCCAACCCCCUGCAAUGCAGGAAUAUGCAGCUGGCCCAUACAGGGAUCGAACCUGCAACCUUGGUGUUAUCAGCACCAUGGUCUAACCAACUGAGCUAUCCAGGCUCAUUCCGUGCUAGUCCUACUCAAAACAGACCCAUAGGACUUAAUAGACAUGGCUAUUAGUUCAGAACCAUUUAAUUUCAGUGGAUCUUCUUUUAAGUAGGAUUGAACACAACCCAGAAUGUAUUGGAUUGUUAGUCAUUCCAGCUGCAAAGGAUUUCCCAGGCGUUUCAACAGAAGCCUCCAGAAUUCUCUCUUCCUCUCCUUGCAAGUCUCCAUCCCAAAUGGGGAAAAAUAGGUUCUCAAGAUGCCUUGCUCAAGGGGAAGCCUGUGGGUCCUGUCCUUUGCCUUGUGAUGAAAAAAUAAAUAAAAUUGACUCCCCCCCCCUCUCUCUCCUCCUCUCCCCCCUCCGUACAUACUGAUGAAGUAUUCAGACUUGAAAGAGCGAACAGCCACUCCAAGAACGCAUGGUUCUGAUUGGUGUAGCCCCUCACCCACCAGCUUGUUUUUUGUGCCUUGGGGCUUGCUUUGCCUCUCAGAGAGAAAAAACAUGAUAAAAGGACCUUUAAGAAAGGAAGGGGGGGGGGAAACAAAGGCUUUCCUGUUGGUUUCAUUUUUUGUUUGUAGGAAAUUUAGGUGGGGGCAUAGAAAAUUUAGUGGCGUGGAGGGGGGCAAGCCUGGUUAUAGGCCUGACAGGAAUAGCAAAAUACUGGGCAAAAGGUUAUCAAUAGCAGUUUGGAGAGGCAAUCAGAAAGGGGUACCCCAAUCUAGAAGAGGGAGAAAGUAUAAAAGACAAAGGGGAGGUAGAUAGAGAAGGGACGAGAAAUCUUUGUAUGUGGUGUUCAUUUUCUGUUAUUUAUUACUUACUAUUUAUUAUGUUACAAUUAAAUUCUGUUACAAUAAACUUUUAGAAUAAUUUGAACUUUACAAUAAUUGGAGGAGAACUCUGGGCUUGAAUCUUCAAGCAAGAUUGUAGGAAGAAUGUUGAGGCCGCAUUAUAAAAUAUCUCAUGAAAUAAAAUUCCUAUAAUAGUAAUGUCCUCUAGCAAAAGACAGUUUGAGCACUGUAAUAUUUUGUGUGUUUUGGGAGUUUGGAAGCACACAAAUAUUGCAGCAUGAGACAAGUCCCCCCCCCCCCAUGUGGAGGGAAAUCUUGUUUUGUGUAAACCCUAUACAAAUGAAGGUUAGACAGUUUGCAUGACAUACUUUACCAUUUACACCUUUAUUAUAGGCAUAGUGGUGCACAACACAUCUACUUGCAUGGUUUCUGCAUUGGUAGUAGCUCAAAGGAAUGGGCAGACCACGGCUCACACAGGAUAAAGUUUUCAAUAUGCCUGAAGAUGGCAAUAGGAAGAUAAGGAAGGCUCUGCCUGUCCAGAACAUUUGGAUAAUAGUAAACAUUUCUGUUACAUGAAAAACCUCCUGUCCCAUGUGUAGGAAGGUGAACAUGGGUGCGCUGAGAAUCUGCCAUGCACAUUAACCUAGUUGUUGCUGAGUUGAUAAAUCUGUCUUUGGGUUAUACCACUUCAAAUUUCAGGUGGGGGUUUCUCCAUACAAAACAAUCCCCUCUAUAGAAAACUAAACGUCAAGGAGAAGGAUUAUAGCUUACCGUUCUCUAUGACAUCUAAUUUUCUCUCUGCGUGUUGCUUGUCUGUUUGUUUGGCUGUCUGGAUUCAUUCAUGUGAACUCCCGCCAGCAGGCUGAAGUGGUGCAGCCCAGACACAGGUUUAUCAUCUCACUGAGAACUAGGCCAUAGUGAUUCAAUAGCCCGUGUAUUUCACAAGACGAACCCUAAUAUGGAAAGCUACUCAGAUUACUAAAACACAGUGGCAACUUGUAUCAUGAGUCUUCAGCUAGGGAAUAUCUGAAGGCAGAUAGCUGUCAAAAGAGCUAUAACGCUAACCUGUUGCAGUGCUUUGUUGCACUUGUUUCUAUGUCAUGCUUCCAAUUUAGAAUUAAAGUAAAAAAAAAGUCGUGGUAGAAUGGUUGAAAUUGGUUUUCUUUUCCUGUAGAUGCUCGAGGCCUGAUCAGGUGGAUGCUGAUGGUGAAUCCUGAGCGCAGAGCAACUAUUGAAGACAUAGCCAACCACUGGUGGGUUAACUGGGGCUACAAGAGCAGUGUUUGUGACUGUGAUGCCCUGCAAGACUCUGAGUCCCCCCUGCUCUCUCGGUUCAUAGAUUGGCAUCAUCGUUCUAGCGGCUUGCAGCCAGAGACUGACACCAAAAUGAAGUGCCUUUCCAAACCAAAAGGAUCUGAAGUCACACUAGAGAGACAGAGAUCCCUGAAAAAAUCAAAGAAGGAAAAUGACAUUGCACAGUCUAUCCAGGAAGGAGGAGUUGAAAAUGCAUGCAAGCCGAACUCCAAGAGGCCAAAAGGCAUCUUAAAGAAAAGGAGCAACAGUGAACAUCGCUCUCAUAGUGCAGGAUAUAUAGAAGGAGUAGUCAAUCCAGUAUUACCCUCCACUUUCAAAAUGGAGCAGGAGUUAUGCAGGACAGGGAUGUCCAGUAAGAACGUUGUGGAGGGGGAGGUAACGGGUAAAUACAGCACUAAGCAGUCUUCCUUAAUGCCAAAAAAAGGAAUCCUUAAGAAGACGCAGCAGAGAGAAUCUGGCUACUACUCAUCUCCAGAACGGAGCGAAUCUUCAGAACUCUUGGACCGUAAUGAGGAGGCAGGAAAUAGCGAUACGUCCCCAGGCAUUAUUGAAACACUAAGGAUAGAGUCUCACAGUCAUUCCUACAGGCGCAAAGGUAUUUUAAAACAUAGUAGCAAGUAUUCCACCAGUAGCACAGAUUCUGCUCUGAUCAGCCCCGACACACCGAUGCUGGAAGCCAUGGAGGAAGCAAUCCUGCCUGGAGAUGGAUUAUCUCGAAGUUAUAGCCGCCCUUCCAGCGUGAUUAGUGAUGACAGCAUCCUGUCCAGUGACUCUUUUGACUUGGUGGAUUUGCAAGAGAACAGGCUUAGGAUAAGGAGCUGUGUGUCUGCUGAAAACUUCCUCCAGAUCCAAGAUUUCCAAGGACUUCAAAAUCGCUCACGGCCACAGUAUCUGAAGCGCUAUCGGAAUCGGACAGGCGAUAGCAGUUUUUCUCUGCUUACAGACAUGGAUGAUGUCACUCAGGUCUACAAGAAAGCUCUGGAGAUCUGUAACAAACUUAACUAGCAGAGGGAAGAUAGCAGGGCUGGAAGGAAAGGGUUUUGGGUACCUUUAUGAUGGAGUUGGCCCAGUAUCAAUUUGUUGACAGUGGUAGCGUUAUUGAAGUGAUGUUGAGCAGACAGACUGAGCAGAAAUACUUAAGUUAUGUUGAGGAAAAAUUCAUCUCAUGCUCAUUAUGCAACCUUAUAGCUCAUUCAGUCAAAAUACUACCUAGUAUCCAAAGAAGUUACAAUAAAGUAUGAAGCAGAAACUCUGGAAUCUGGCAGACAGAAAAGGAUCAUAUUGCAGUGGCUGUAAGUUGAAGCUAGACAAAAUGUAAACUGGAAAAAGGGUACAUAUAUUUAUAUUAGAGAAGGUAACUAACCACUGGAAAAUCUAUAAUGCUAAAAGUAAAACAAAACAUUUUUUUAAAAAAAAGAAAUUCAACUGUUAAGUAUAAGAAAUCAUUUGCUGGUAGAUUUGUCAAUAUCUAUAUGCCCUAAGGAAUAUUUACAUGCAGAAGAGGGCUGCCAGCUGCAUGCAUAGUUGCCGAACCAAUGAUUGACACUUCCAGUUAUCAUUUGAUAGUGUCGCCUGCUGAAAUGUGAUUAGUAAUUUGAGUGGAAGUUAUUUGAAUUCAUAGAAAAGUUAGUCUAGGAAGAGAUAGCAAUGUAGUAAAAGGAUGAAGUGUUGGGAGUGAGGAAGAUUUCUUCUUCCAAGCAAAAGAAUAAUACAAAAUAAAUUCCAUCAGGGGCUCUGGAAAUUGUAUAAUCGCUGUAAGGCUACAUAAAAUGCCAAGGAAAGACCAGACAAGCACACUGAGAAGUAUCUACUUGCCAGUAGCCUCUCUACAUACCUGUGUGUAUGUAUGUAUGGCUACUGAGAAACUAGAAUGAAUAAAGCAGUAUGCAGGCAAGCUUUAAUUCACUGAAGAUUUUUCAGCAGCAGUCUGGAAAUGAGACAAUACAGUCUCCCAUUACUAAAGGAACAAGGAAUUCUAAGGGCGGGGGACAUGUGUGCAUCUAUGCAAACUUAGGUGAACUACAAAGAUCAACAAAACUUAUGAUACCAUAAACUGGUAGAAUCUUAGUUGGAUGAAUUGAGUCUUGUAGUUAUAAACUUCAAAGAGUUUUACAGAAGUCCAGAGCCCUUGUCAGUAUGUAAUACAAUGGGGGAAUGGUUUAUGAGUAGGAAGAAAGUAAUAGGAAAGUAGACUUGAGGGAUUCAGUUUAAGAAUGUGUAUGUAUUUGGGUUGAUGUUUCAUAGACAGUGGGGUCAAAUCAGAGAAGACAAAAGAUUUAUUUCCAGUGGGUUUAAUUUAAAUAUUGCAGCUAAAGCAGGGGUAGCUAACCUGUGGCUCUCUAGAUUUUGUUGGACUCUAGUUCCCCUCCGCCCCAGCCAGCAUGGUCAGUUAUCAAGGGUGAUGGGGGUUAUCAUGGAGGGACACAGAUUAGCCACCCUUGAGUUAAAGGCUUCAACUCCCAUAAAGGUACCACUUGGGUCUACUGGAUUACGUGAAUGUAAGCCUCUUUUUAAAUAGGCACUAUGUGUUUGACAGGCCUGGGCAAUUCAGAAUAACUUCUGGUCACGGUUAUUCCAGUAAGCAGCUCUUAGUUCAAAUAGAGUUGCAUUACUGUAUUAGCUUACAACACCAAAUUGUUUGCAGCUUUAAAACAAAGUCAACAUGCACACAUAACUACAGGAAAUAGUCCAAGAUUCUUUUCCUGCGUUUAACCAGUGCCAACUUCAAGACUUUAGCUGAAAGCAGAAACUAUCAUACUCUAACUUGGGGCUCCAAAUGUUUCAGGGAACUAGUGCCAAACUGAAGAGAUUACAGAGUAAAAGACAAGAAAAUACCUGAGCUGGUGGGAAAUGUUUUAUAUUUCUCAUAAGUAUGCCUGAACUGCCUAUAUGUUGUGUAAGAACACUUUCACUUCACAUUCAGAUGGGUGAAUUAUUUAGUUCCAGUUUCCUGAAAAGGUUUCCUAAUUCUUCAGAAUAGCUGUAUCUCUCUACAAGGCAAUGAACCAAAUUAAUUAACCAGUCUUGGUCAAAGUGACAUUGAUUCCUUAUAAAAUCCAUAUACCCAGACUUCUAGGCAUAAGAAUGGAAUCUCUCCCCCUCACCCACCCAUCCCCUGUGGUUGAGUUAGGAUUCUCUGUUUACUGUUUGAUAUAUGUCACAGUAUGAAGCAAAGGAAUAUACCUUCUUUGGAAUUGCAACUCUAAUAUUCAUCCCAUGUGCGAUGUGCAGCCCACUCCUAAAUCAUGUUUACUAAGAAGUAAACAAGUCAAGUAAUUAAGCAUAGAAUUGCAGCCUUGAAAGGAUGCAGAAGUCUAAAAGAUUUACUGUGCCUUUUUUUGAAACAGUACUGCGGUAAUUUGGAUAAAACUUUGUAUUAGCAUGAAGAUCAUGUUUUAAUCCGGGCGCGUAAGCCUUGCUCCCUUGGCAGCUGUGACUGGUCUCAGUUGACCUAAUGGAGUUUGAUUUCAGUGGAACAAUACUGACUUACAAUGCCUGCCCAUCUGGCUGAAUUAAAUGUUUAAUUGAUGUAUGUAGUGAAGAAAAGGGAACUCAACUGCCCCGGAGAGGAACUAGGAAUCACCCGUACAUCUGAGCUCUACUUAGCCCACAGGGAGAACUGUGGCCCUCCAUAUGUUGCUGUAUUACAACUCACAUCAUCCCUUUCCAUUGGCCAUGCUGUCUGGGGCUGAUGGGAGUUGGAGUCCACCAACGUUCAGAGGGCCCCGGGUUCCUCACGUCUGCCCAAGGCUGUUGCCCAGGCCUGCCGUCUUGUGUACAAAUGUGAAUGAUUGACUGAUUGCUGCCAAACUGGAAAAUGUUCUGUAGGGACUUACUGGCAUGUUACCAUUCCUAGAAGAAGCAGAACACUUGACUGCACAUUGUUAUUAUUAUUAGCGUUGUGUAUUUUUUUUUUCUUAUUUAAUUUGGGACUUUUUUUGUAUUUCAAAGUUGACUUUUUAUUUGAAUUUGUCUCUUUUAAUUUAUUGGUCUGAAAGCCAUUUCAAAGGUAUAAUAAUAUAUUUUGGUGUAAUUUAAUUGGUGCAGCAUUAUUUUACAGCUCUGGCCAAAAUGUUACCUUUAAAAAUAAUAAUUUGUUGUUUUUCUUUUGCUCAUUGUUUGGUUUUAUCUCUACGAGGCAGGGGAAAAAGCUGGAUAAUCACCCAAAGUGUUUGUAUUUUUAAUCUGAUACUGUCUUUUUUAUUAAAUAAAAAGUCAAUAAAAUGUGAAUGGUGUUGAUUUCCCCGUCCUUUUAAAGAA